AUGAAUAACUUCUAUCAUUUAGAAAAACAGGUGGUUGGGCAGUCACCCGAAAUUCCAUUAAAAGUAGGUUGACACCCUAUUCUGAACAUGGAUAUUCGUCUGUGUAGGCCGAUGAACUAAUUCAAGGUCUUUGUGGGAAAAAAACAUGACUUGUACAAAGAAAAUAUUUUUCCACAAGGGUGACUCCAGAAUAAGUUUUAUAAGAAUAUUACUAUUUGAUAUCUAUAUAACAAUAUCAUAGCACAUAAGUGAUUUGCGAUUGCUGCUGAUUCUACAGGGCUUGAAAUAAUGCAAAUUUUUUGUAAAUAACAUUCAAAAUGAUUUAUAAGAAAAAAGCUGUCAUGUCACGUAAUCUGAGGUUUUGCAAAAAUUUCCUUCUGCACUGAAGGUAAUAUAUUCAGUACGUGAUAGGUAAAUACCGACCUCUGAAUAUUCCUAUUUUGCAUCAACAUCCUAGGAGCUCUUCCACUUCUGGGGCCAUUGAAAUACUGCAGAAAUGCAGGAGAACUCUUACACAAUGCUGGUCCUUCCUUAGCCUUGUAUGGAAAAGUUAGUGAACUCAAACAUUAGCACGUGUUAGCAUAAGAAACAUGUCCGUAAUUUUUUAUUUUUUAAAGUCAAGAAGAAGGAAAAGAAUACGCACAUGUGAACAGUUGCACGAUUUGGAAACAUGAAUUUUCUGCCAUCCCUACUUGAUUAAACAUUAUUAGCACUUUCAUUAAAAUAAAUACUUGUUUUAAAACACUUUUAGAAGUUUGUUAAGAAAAUUGAAAGCUACUGUGUAGUAUAAUCACAUGAAUUAGUAAUUUACUUAGCAUUUUUUUGUUGUAACGUGUAUUUUCCGUUACCAAUCGGGGAAAAUCCAUGGAAAAUUGUAAAAAAAUACUAUAAAAUGUUUGAAUUAUUUAGUAACUUUCUUUCACUCUUUCCCCAUCUUUUAGAUCCAUAAUGCUAAUUUGGACAAUGCAAGCACCAUUCUGCAGAUUGACAAUGCCAAGUUGGCAGCUGACGAUUUCAGAACUAAGUAAGUUUGUUGCGUGAAUUUGGCACAAUUGUUGCAUAGCGGCCAAUGAUAUGCCCUAAAUUCUUUCAGACUUCCCCUUUAAUCAAUGUUUUUAUCUGACCAACAUAUAAAGACACACAAAGGAAAUCUUAAUCUCACACUUUUAUGAUUUGGUGGAUGAAAGCUGUGAAUUUUCCAUAUUAUAGCAAGGGUCAUCAAGCUCAUUUUAUCCCAGUAUUCAAUAGCCCUCCUCGAAAAGUCUGUACACAAAGCCCAAUAGAUUAAGUGCAAACAAAGAUCGUGAUCGAGAAAUACAUGAUGGUAUUUUAGUAUCACUUGUGGCCAAAUAUGGAGCAGCAUUUAAAAUAAAGUAAAAAUAUACUUAGUAUUACUGGCUGCUAAUAUUUAAGACAUUUCAGGGACCACAAGAAGUUCAGUUACAUACAUAUUUAUGUAAAUUGAUGGUCCAAGAUUUUAAGAGUGCUCUUUUGACCUCUUUCUAACAAGGUAUGAGAAUGAGCUGGCCCUUCGCACGAGUGUUCAGAGUGACAUCAACGGGUUGCGCAGAGUUCUGGAUGAGCUGAGACUAACUAGUUCUGACCUUGAGAUGCAGAUUGAGAACCUGAAGGAGGAGCUGGCUUACCUGAAGAAGAACCAUGAAGAGGUAGGGUAAAAUUUGUGAAUAUUCAGACUGGCGAAAACACUUGAAGUUCUAUCACUAGGUUAUAGAAUAUACAAUGAAGUAGGCAAUGAUCUUUGACGAAGAUGCACUCAUAAACAAUUGUUUAUUUUUACACAGGAAAUGAAGGCAUUCCGUGGACAAGUUGGUGGUCAAGUGAAUGUAGAAAUGGAUGCUUCCCCUGCUGUGGACCUUACUAAGAUUCUGUCUGAAAUGAGGGAUCAGUAUGAAGUCAUGGCUGACAAGAACCGCAGAGAAGUUGAAGCUUGGUACUUACAGAGGGUGAGUUAGUUUGACUCAAUCAUUUUUCAUAGCAUUUCUAAGAUUAAUUUUAACCCAGGUGCUUAAUGCUCAUUUUCCUUCUACAGACAGAAGAACUAAGCAAAGAAGUUGCCAGCCAUAGUGAACAGAUGCAGUCUAGCAACACGGAAAUCACAGACCUAAAACGCACAUUCCAAGGCUUAGAGAUUGAGCUGCAGACACAACUAAGCCUGGUAAGAUAUUUUCCACCAAAUAUAGGAGCUGACUCAAUUACACUGCCAUGAUGACACCGAAAUACUAUGCGCCACAUAUUGACCAUUUCUGGAAAUAUGGUUACAUUUAAAUUUCAAUGUCCCAUGUGACCCGUCUCUUCAAGACGAAAUUAUAUCUUGCAUAUAUAAGUUUACAAAUGUCGCCAUUGGAAAACAAAGUUUAAAAGCUCUUUGAUAAAUAGGGUCACCCAGUAAUGACAUUGGAGUAAUAUGACCCGAUCUCUUUAGACUGUCACAAAACUAGGACACACCACCCCAUUUUGAUUGUGAGCUUGUUUGGGCAGGGCCCUCUUUACCUACUGUUCCCGUACGUCAUACAUGUUUUGUUAGAAUUUAAUGUGUUUUCUAGUGUACAGCGGUGCGUAAUUUUUUGGUGCUAUAUAAAUAAUUGUAACUGUGACAGGAAUUUAUUGGAUGCACAUAAAUGUGAGAUUUUAAAUGUUUACAAUAUAACACUAUUUAAUUCCUAAUCUCUUUUUUUCCAAUAUAGAAAGCUGCUCUAGAAGGCACAUUAGCAGAGACAGAAGGUCGAUACUGCACACAACUUUCACAGUUACAAAGCCUCAUCGGUGAUGUUGAGGCUCAGCUUUCAGAGCUAAGAUCAGAUAUGCAACGCCAGAGUUAUGAAUAUAAAAUCCUCAUGGAUGUGAAGACCCGGUUAGAACAAGAAAUUGCAACCUACAGACGUCUCCUAGAGGGAGAAGAGUAAGUGAAAAUAUAGGCACAAUAACGGGAAACUAUUAACCACAGUAGAAAAUAAUAAUAAUAAUAAUAUUUUUUUCUUUGGUUUUGCAGGUUGUGGCAAUUUGCCAUCAACAAAUAUAUAAAAAUUAAGUUUAGUAAAUAACUUUUUGAACUUUAUAAACACCAGUGAUGUCUUCCAUUCACAAUGUUAAGAAUGUCCAUGUAUGGUACUUAUUUAAAGUAGUUCAUCAACCUAUAAUAUAAUAAAUUGUCUAUAAAUCCAUUCAGAGCCAGAUUAAGGUCCUACAACAAUCAAGAAAAAUUAUAAUUUUGUCUCUCCCCACCUUCCUUUUGUUGAACUACAUUACACAAUUACACAUUUUAUAAUUUAAUAUAAGUCAAAUCAUAUAGGUUUAAAAUAAAAAUAAUACUUACUUUUAAGCAGAUACAGAAAUCAAUAUAGUGAGACUGAUAUAUAUAGCGAUAUAAAUAGAAAAAUAGUCAGAUAAGGAUAUAUACAGAGAUACAUACCCCCAACUGUCCUGGAUAGGUAAAGGUGGCCUGUUGUGAUUUUGGUACAUGACUGCCAUUUUGGAUUUGUACUCUGGAGUCAUCUGACGUGAGAGCUUUAGUACCUCUUUUAGACUUACUUGUGUUUAACAAAACAAACUCAGAGCUUUUCUGAUCAUACACGAGCGCUUUCCAGAUGGGCCAUACUAUGUUGGGUUUGCUAUCACAGCUAAUGAUUAGGCCCCACUGACGCAUCUUCUCUUCAUCAUGGUCUGCUUCCUGCUGCAUAGCAAGUGAUGCCUUCUCUAGUCCUGCUCUCCUCCUCAUUUACAUACAGAUGCAGAGAUUGGCACAGUUUUAUCCAGAUAAAGUAGCACAUCAGUUUUUUUUAAAAAUUUACUGACAAAAGUAUAAAAAUGCUAAAUGUUCCUUAAUUUAUCUUCCAUAAUGUAAAACCCUCUAAACUUCCAGUCCAUUAACCACCAUCAACCAAUAAAAGUACAUUUCCAGAAUUUGGCCAAUUACAUAUAAAAUAAAAAUUCUAAUCUUACAAAACAAGUUUGCAUUCAUUCUUGUACAUUUUUGGACUGUGUUGAAUGACCCCAAAAGUAUUCAGCAGAAAAUGCCUUCUUUUAUAAAUGACUUAAAUUUCACAAGAGGCUUAUUUUACUAGUAAUGAAAAUCCCUGCAAGGCUCAGAUCUUAGGAUGAGAAUAAUACAUUUUAAUCUUAGUGAUUUGACUUCUUUUUAUUCUGUUAGCUUAUAUUCAAUAUUUUGUAUUGUUUUUAUUUGCAAAGGGUUUUAUGAAGACAAAUACUGUAAUAUUGCUCUUGUUCUCAUGUAUGACCAGGAAAUUCAUUUUUUUAUAUGUUUAUGUUAAGUUUAUUAUAGAUACCUUGAUCAAGUUUCAAAUAUCAAAUGUAAUUUACAAUUUUAUUUUUAUUUUUCCCUUAGCAUAUCUUACAAAGACGGUAAGCCUCCUCCUAUUUUUUUUUCUUAAUUGCUGAAAAUUCCAUUUCAUAUUAUGUGUAAAUGCACAAGUUAAAAUAUGUCUAUUAUUUAUUACAAGACAUUUUUUCUCAACAGGUAUUAUGUAUUUAUAUUUCAAAUGACGUAUACACUUUAUAUUAUCUAUACAAUAUCAUUAAAAUGUGAUUUUUAUCUCAUGCAUAUUGAGUGCUAUACAUUUACAAUACAUUUACUGUUGAUAUUGUGUUACUGUUACAGUGAUUUGUUCGUGUACCAUAUGUCUAACAGAUUUAUUUUCUAUUUUAGUUUCUCAAACCACACGCCAAGUUCGCACCAUAAUACAGGAGACCGUCGAUGGAAAAGUUGUCUCAAGCAAAGAAAAAGUUCAUAAGGAAAACUACUAAACUGAAACAUGGCUAAGAAGUCAGAACCUAGAAAAUGCUAUAUUUUACAAAAAUAAAAUGUUCUACAAAAUCAACAACAAUAAUAGUCAAAAAAUACGAUACAGUAUUACAAAACAAAAUCAAGAUUUAUCAAUGACAUGUUGUUUUGGGUUCUGUCCAUUAGUCAUUGCUGUCAGGUCACUGUCUUUCUGGUCUUGACCUAAUAGUGCAGUUUUUUAAAAUUACUAUUCAAGGUGUUUCUAUAUGUAUCUCUUUCCAAUAAAGUUAUAAGCUUUUUUUCAUGCAUCCCUGACUACUUCUGUGUAUUUUUUAAUAAUAUUUUAAUUAAUUAUAAUAAUGUUACCAUACUUUUAAGUAGUAUUCAAAUAGUGUUUUGAAAAGUAAACAAGCAACUGUAUGUACAUUUCCUCUAGAUAGGAAAGUUAGCCGUUUUCCUUUUAAAGUUAACCCCCCCACCCCAAAACAAACAGAAAUACGGACUCAUAAAAUCACCAUCGCAUUUUAAUAUUAUUAUAUCUUGGAGUGAAUUCUGAUUUGAUAGAUUACAUGGAAAAGGCAAGCACUAGGGUGGUCAAAGUAGUAUCUGGUGAACAGCUAUACCUGGAAUUGGCUCUGUGUAUAUAGGCAACCAACAAUUAAAGGUAAUACAGCAAGGUUCAGCAAUUCUCUGAAAUCAAGAGCAACAAAUUAUAAAAGGUAUAAAGUAGUCUAACAAAGAUAUAUUUCUAUAUUCAAAAGAAAAUGCCAUUUGAUCUUCAGCACACAAUUAUCUGAUUUGCAAAGUUUAUUCAGCCAUCAACUAUAAUGCCAACAUUUCAACACUUUUAGGUGUCUUGAUGAUCACCAAUACAAUGGUUUCCCAUAGGAAAGCAUUACGAGGCUAUUGCGCAUGCGUGGCAUAAUACCGCACUGCGCCAAUCAACAUCUCCUCAUAGAGAUGCAUUAAAUCAGUCCCUCUGUGUGUCUCAUUCUCCCCUUCCCCAGCUCCUCUGAUUGUCUCUUGUUCUCCUUUCUUAGCCCCUCCAUGUGUUUCAGUCCUCACCUCUAACCCCCCCAUAUGUCUCUUUCUCCCUCGCCCCUCCAUGUGUCUCAUAUCCACCAAAUACCCUCUAGCCCUUCUAUGUGUCUAUCACGCCUCCCCUGAGGAUCUUCUGUUUCCUCUUGUCGGUCUGACAGGAAAUGCUCUCACUAAGAGCACUUCCUGUCAGGCUGGGAAGAGGAUACAGAAGAUCCUCUACCUACUGUAUGCUCGGCCAUGCUACAAGAUGUGCACCCGCCUGAAGAUAUGCUAGCCCACUGGCAAUUUUUCCGGUAUCAAAGUGGGCCAGUCCGGCCCUGUGUAUAGUACAUCUUCAUGUUAAAAAAUACUAUUUGGAACAAUAAACUAAAGGAACACCAUAUUUAGCCCUCUUGCUGCCUUAAGGCCAGUUUCCUCAAUGCACAUGAAUACACAUAUGGUGAGGGGUAUUGUGGACAUGGUGGGGGGACAGGGACCAUGGUGAGGGAAUAGAAGCUAUAGUGGGAAGACAGGGGCUGUAGUGUGGGGGAUAGGGGCUGUGGUUGGUGGAUAAAGGCAGUGAUGGGUGCAGUAGCGUAUUAGUAGAGGGGCAGGGAGGGAGGUCUGCCCCGGGUGCCUCUCGUUACGGGGGUGCCACCUAGACUCUUAACGAGAGCUGCAGCCAGGCAGCAGGAGGAGGAAUGCAGAUGCGCACAAUGCCACGCUGUAAACGUGCUCCACCCUCACGAUGUUCUAAACUGAAGCGCUCAGUUAAUUGCAGAGGGACACUAUAGAGUUGGAAUACUGUUUUGUAUUCCUAACGUUAAAGCGCCCCUUUAAUAUAAACUUCAUUAAUUCAUGGUGUAGAAAGUUGAAUAAUGAACAAUGCCUUACUCACAAGUCACAAUUUCAAUGUGUAUCAGAAGGCUCAUCAGGAUCUAUUCCGCUUCCACUGUUUUUAAAGAUAAUUAUCUCUGAAUAGUGGAUAAUGGACAUCCUCUGUGUGGAUUAGCUAAAAUAUAUAUCAAAGUCAUUAAGAGAAAUAAAAAGUAUAAUAACUAAUAAGAGUGUGAUUGUCACGAAUAUGCCAAAAUAGAGUUCACCCUCUGUUAAACCACGAUGGCACAAAGAUCUGCUCAACGUUAGAAUGUAAUAAUUAAUGGCUCAUGUUAUUUUCUCUGUUGUCAAAGGUAAAUUGCCCCCUCAAGCUGAUUACUUGCUGGUAAGCAGGGUUAAUUCCUACAUGUAAGCAAUGGCAGCACUAGGAGGGGGCCAUGGCCCCCAACAUUAUGCUGUGCCUCCCCUUGUGCCCCCCAAUUCAAAUGCAGUACUGACCUCUGUGAGUAGAGGCGCAUUGCGGCAGUAGGCUCCACCUCUCAUGAUAAGCCCCACCCUCCUUUUAAACUCUGCCCCUGCUUAAUGACCCUAAGAGCUUCUGGAAGGCUGGCUGGGCUGGAAGGUAAACAGGCACAGGGCAGGGGGGCUUCAUAAGGGCACAGGAGGGGGGCUUCAUAAGGGCACAUGAGAGGGGCAAAAGAGCGCACAGGAAGAGGAAUACAUAAGAGCACAGGAGGGGUGAGGUGCUAAAGAGGGCACAGAAAGGGGAGGGGAGCAAAGAAUGUCCCAGGAAGGGGAAAGAGAUGGCACAGGAGGUUAAGGGGGCUACAUAAAGGUACAGGAGGAGAGGGGGACUAAAGAGGGCACAGUUGGAGAGGGGACUACAUAAGGAGAAAGGAGAUGAGGUGACUUAAGUGGUCACAGGAGGGUGCUACAUAAGGGCACAGGAAGGGUGAGGAGCUAAAGAGGGCACAGGAAGGGGAGGGGACACAAAAUGGCACAGGAAGGGCAAAAGAGGGCACAGGAAGUAAAGGGUACUACAUAAGGGUACAGGACUACAUAAGGGUACAGGAGGAAAGCAGAGCUACAUAAGGGCACAAGAGGGGGGCUAUGUAAGGGCACAAGAGGGGAUAGGGCUAUAGAAGAGCACAGGAGAGGAGGGGGGCUACAUAAGGGCAUAUGAGUGGAGGGGGCUAAAGAGUGCACAAUAGGGGAGAGGGUAGCACAAAGAGAGACAUAGAGGUGCUGGGUGAAAAAGGCACACAUACAGGGAGUGCAGAAUUAUUAAGCAAGUUGUAUUUUUGAGAAUUAAUUUUAUUAUUGAACAACAACCAUGUUCUCAAUGAACCCAAAAACUCAUUAAUAUCAAAGCAGAAUAUUUUUGGAAGUAGUUUUUAGUUUGUUUUUAGUUUUAGCUAUGUUAGGGGGAUAUCUGUGUGUGCAGGUGACUAUUACUGUGCAUAAUUAUUAGGCAACUUAACAAAAAACAAAUAUAUACCCAUUUCAAUUAUUUAUUAUUACCAGUGAAACCAAUAUAACAUCUCAACAUUCACAAAUAUACAUUUCUGACAUUCAAAAACAAAACAAAAACAAAUCAGUGACCAAUAUAGCCACCUUUCUUUGCAAGGACACUCAAAAGCCUGCCAUCCAUGGAUUCUGUCAGUGUUUUGAUCUGUUCACCAUCAACAUUGCGUGCAGCAGCAACCACAGCCUCCCAGACACUGUUCAGAGAGGUGUACUGUUUUCCCUCCUUGUAAAUCUCACAUUUGAUGAUGGACCACAGGUUCUCAAUGGGGUUCAGAUCAGGUGAACAAGGAGGCCAUGUCAUUAGAUUUUCUUCUUUUAUACCCUUUCUUGCCAGCCACGCUGUGGAGUACUUGGACGCGUGUGAUGGAGCAUUGUCCUGCAUGAAAAUCAUGUUUUUCUUGAAGGAUGCAGACUUCUUCCUGUACCACUGCUUGAAGAAGGUGUCUUCCAGGAACUGGCAGUAGGACUGGGAGUUGAGCUUGACUCCAUCCUCAACCCGAAAAGGCCCCACAAGCUCAUCUUUGAUGAUACCAGCCCAAACCAGUACUCCACCUCCACCUUGCUGGCGUCUGAGUCGGACUGGAGCUCUCUGCCCUUUACCAAUCCAGCCACGGGCCCAUCCAUCUGGCCCAUCAAGACUCACUCUCAUUUCAUCAGUCCAUAAAACCUUAGAAAAAUCAGUCUUGAGAUAUUUCUUGGCCCAGUCUUGACGUUUCAGCUUGUGUGUCUUGUUCAGUGGUGGUCGUCUUUCAGCCUUUCUUACCUUGGCCAUGUCUCUGAGUAUUGCACACCUUGUGCUUUUGGGCACUCCAGUGAUGUUGCAGCUCUGAAAUAUGGCUAAACUGGUGGCAAGUGGCAUCGUGGCAGCUGCACGCUUGACUUUUCUCAGUUCAUGGGCAGUUAUUUUGCGCCUUGGUUUUUCCACACGCUUCUUGCGACCCUGUUGACUAUUUUGAAUGAAACGCUUGAUUGUUCGAUGAUCACGCUUCAGAAGCUUUGCAAUUUUAAGAGUGCUGCAUCCCUCUGCAAGAUAUCUCACUAUUUUUGACUUUUCUGAGCCUGUCAAGUCCUUCUUUUGACCCAUUUUGCCAAAGGAAAGGAAGUUGCCUAAUAAUUAUGCACACCUGAUAUAGGGUGUUGAUGUCAUUAGACCACACCCCUUCUCAUUACAGAGAUGCACAUCACCUAAUAUGCUUAAUUGGUAGUAGGCUUUCGAGCCUAUACAGCUUGGAGUAAGACAACAUGCAUAAAGAGGAUGAUGUGGUCAAAAUACUCAUUUGCCUAAUAAUUCUGCACUCCCUGUAGAAUCUGGUGGGCACACAGUGACACACAUAGGGGCUGGGGGACACAAAGACACACAAAGGGGUUGAGGUGGGUCUAAGACACACACAGAGGGGCUGAGGCUUCCUGUACAUGACUCCGCCUCCUCAGACUGAACACAGUAAUCUAUGCAUGGCCCAGCCUCCAGAACACAUUGAUUUGUGCAUGGCCCGCCCCCUCAGACUGAACACAGUAAACUGCAGGAGAGAGAGUACUGAACUCUGACAGUCUGGAACCAGGAGACCUUACAGUCUGAUCAAUUGGAGUAGGCUCAAUUGAGGUAGGCUCAGGAAUAAGAUCUCCUUGUUUCAAAAUAUUUAAUGGUACCAGACAAGGGUGCCCUUUCGCUCCAAUGUUAUAAGUACUCUCAUUGGAACCAUUUGCUCAAAAAAUUAGGGAAUUUUUUUGGAGAAAAAUAAAAUCAAAAUAUUUAGCAAUGUUUGAGCUGAAAUCCUAUAUCCCAUUAAAUAUGAUGGGAAUUAUUCCAAAUGAUAUAAGUUUAAAAUCUUGGGUAGAUAAAGGGAUAACACAUCUAUAUCAGAUAAUAAAGUUGUACUCUUUUGUCAACGUUCCCAAAACUUCAAACUACCACCAAAUGAAUUUUAUAAGUAUUUAAGUUUGAAAAGUUAUUUUGAAAAGGAGAUACUGAGGUCUAAAAAAAUUAAGAACAACAAUAUAGAAGCAAUAUUUCUAGGGAAAAUAGAAAAUAGGAUGGGGAAGACCAUGUAUAAUUUAAUCAAUCAACAACAACCAUUUUCUGCAUUAAUGCAAAUAAAGAGAUGGCAAGAAGAAUGUGCACUUGAAAUAGAUGAAUAGAAAACAGCUAUAAAUUUCACGAAACAUGUUACACAUAAAGUAAAUCUAUUAGAAAUAUAUUUUAAGUUCCUAUUCCGAUGGUAUUUGACUUAAAUUUAAAAAAAAUAAAAUUCAAUAGUCAAUAUAGUGAAACAUGCUGGAGAUGUUCUAGUGAGGUAGGUUCCUUUAUUCAUCUGUGGUGGGAAUGUAAGGAUUAGCUUUGUUUCAUAUUGACAUAAAGAUGCUAAAUAAAAUUUUUAGAGACAGCUAUUCACUUAUUACUAGCUUUUAAAUCACAACUGGUAAGGAAGUGGAAAAGUAGUGCAAAAAUAAACUUUGCAGAGUUAUUUUAACAAGUGGAAUAUCAAGAGCUAAUGGAGAAAGGUUACUGGCAAAUCAAUGAAACAAAUUUGGAAAUUCAUUUAAAAAAAUGGUCGCAAUGGUACAAAAAGAAAGAAAAAUAUGGAGUGAAAUCAUAUAAACAUCUUUGAAACUAAUCAAGGAUUCAAAAAAUAGAGGAAUCAAUUUUGUAAAUAUUACUAAGAUUGAUUAUCCCCAAAUGGUUAGAUUGAGUAUGAAUGUGGUAUGAAUGUUUAUGUUGUCAUCAACAAAUUAGUUACAGAUAGGGAAGAGAGGGAAGGGAGAAGAAGAGACGAGAUAGGAAAGCUCUAAGAAAGAUACAGUUAUAAGUCUUCUCCCUUCUUAAGUUGCUGGUGUAGGUGUUUUUAGAUUUAUUGUUAGAUUUAUAGGUGUAAUAUUAUUAAAUAAAGGUAAAUAAAUAAUUAAUAAAAAAAAAAAAAAAUGAUGAUAGAGGUAGCAGAAAUAAAUCAGAGCCUGGUGCUUGGCAUAGUCCAAGAAAAAUGUGAGAUUAUACCUGUGACGGACCGACUGCACCCCGACUGUGUACCUCUGUCAAUCGCUGCUUCCUAGUACUGACGAGUACCAUAAGCACUGUGCUGGAGCACCAUAACCACUUCAAACCCCACGAACCGCCGCAGCUUGGUCGGGGUCUCGCCGUCUCCUACCCACCCUGGCCCUACGACAAGGCUCCAGGUUCCAGUGGGUGAACCUCUCUCGCUCCAGAGAGUCAAGCAUGAACAGCUCUUAUAUUAAAAAAAACCAAAAAACAUCGAACUAAAAUGAUCUGCAUGGUCGAGUUGCUAGAAAAAAGCCCUCACUGAGCCAAUGCCACAAAAAAGCCCUGUUACAAUAUCUAUUUUUGUGGAACUCCUUACCAUCUUGUACCUGACCCAUAUUUGGCACCCCUGAGCCUCUAAGACACAGCCUGGCACGGCUCUGGACCAUGUGAGUCAGAUUCUAACCCCUACCCAGUGUUAUUUUGUGAGAUUAUGUACAGUAUACACUAUGUUAUUUUUUCUGCUUUUUUUGUAUAAUCAAGAAUUCUACAUGCGUUUGUAUACAUUUUUUAUUACACUAUUUUCUGACACUUGGGUGUUUGUUUGACACUGGUAUAUAUUUUAUAUUUUGAACUAUAGAUUUUACGUAGAGUGGUGGGGAACAACAAAACCCCAGCUUGAAGUAUUUCCAAUUUUGCAAUAAACUAGGAAAAAAAUUCCUUCUUGACACUAGAAUGGCAGUCAGAUUUAUCCUUGGAUCAAUCAGCUAUUACCCUACAUUGAAAAAUUAUAUCCUUGAAUAUUCUGUUUUUGCAAGUAUGCAUCUAGUUGCUAUUUUAACAUCUGUAUGGACUGAGAAUUCCACAUCUUUAUUGUUCUUACCGUGAAAAACCUUUCCUUUGCCUUAGACGAAAUCUUCUUUCUUCCAGUCUAAACGCAUGACCUUGUGUCCUAUGUAAAGUCCGGUUUGUGAAUAGAUUUCCACACAAUGGUUUGUAUUGGACCUGAAUAUAUUUGUAUAAUGUUAUCAUAUUCCCUCUCAGGUGAUGUUUUUCUAAACUAAAGAGGUUUACAUUUGUUAACCUUUGUUAUCUAUUUAUCGUCUAGAAUAUCGAAGCGCCCAACAUACUUUUAUUCUUCUGUUUCGUAGAAAAGAGACAAAUGUCCAUGAAGUUCAGCCUUUAUGAUUUUUUUAAAUUCUCUUUCGUCCUGACUAGUGUAUCCUGUAUAUCAGUUCUAUUUUCCACAAGGUGUCUGCUUUUCUGGCUCAUCUACCCUACGGUCCAAAAAUACACCUUGUUAUCUAUUUCCUAUCUCUGCAGUUAGGGAUCCAACUCUGUCAUCCUCAUGCUCUGCUGUAUACUCUACUGUAUUAGUUCCUGUGACGAGAGCAAUCUCGCCACAUUGCAUUGGAGAAGCCUGGCUGCCCGCCUGCUGCCUUUGGACUAUGGACCAGACUUUAUGUAAAUGUGUUAACCCAGAUAGCUAUGCCAUGGAGCCCAUUCGUGUAGUUAAAGACUUCGGCUCCAUGGCAAUUGAACUGUGUGAAUAGGAUCUGAGCGCUAUUCGGUAGUUUUGUGCGCUCAGAUCCCAGCUAUCUGGGGAUAUGUGAAAUGUCUGUGUGCUAUGUGUAAAAGGGGACGUUAUGUAUUUUAAAGGGUUUUAUGUCUUUUUGCAACCAUGUGCUCAAUGGAGUCUGCCUCUAUCCCUGGAUAAUUGGAUUACUUUCCCCAUUGUCUCCAGGAUAGAGGGCUCUGUAAAACCUGUUUGAGCCAGAUAUCCAUGUGCCAGCCAGGGCCCAAAAGAUACUUUUACUAACUUUUGAACCCCUGGUCUGAUUCAUGCCAUGUUUUAAUAUGUUGUUCCCCUGAAUGGAUUGAUUGUGAAUAUGUAAUUUUAUGUGAAUGUGAUGUACGGUUUUAGAGUUAUGAAAGUUGGGUAGAAAGUAUGUUUUAACUGUAUGUGUAAUUGAGUUUCCUCUCAGGAUAAGGGGAGGGAAUAUGUGGGAUGUAACUGAUAUGUGAUUGGUUGUUUUAUACCUCCCUGUGGGCGGUCCUGUAUUUGAAAAGACUGUAAUAAAAACCAGGCUGGGUGUGCCAGCACCUCAGACCACUGCUUGACCCUCAACACGGAGCCUUGUCUCGUUCUUGGGGGGAUUCACUGUAUGCUGUUAGAGACUGAUUGCCAGGAGUGUAAGCUGAUUGUCUGCUUUUCCUGUUCGUCUGCUAGCAGCUAUUUGGGAGGUUCCAGUUCUGGAAUUUGAAGUGCUACUUGGUAUCCUGUUUGGGAGUUUGGUGUUCUGCAGUAGCUGUGCCUGCAUCUCGGAAAGGGGGACGAUUGCCUAAACGGUUUUUACCCCUUGUGUGCUGAAACGGUCCGUUACACUCCCUUUUAAUAAUAUGGGGGUCAUAGUGACCCCCCCAUAGGGUGUAAUACGGCUGGGGGUAGGAAUAAUUAAUUAUUACAAGGAGGGAGCUGGUAGCGCUGCCGGCUCCCUCCUUGCUUUUUUUGCGCAAGCGCAGUGUUAUUUCUCCGUGCUGUGUGGUUAAUUCCCCUGCAGCACGGAGUCUAUUAAAUGAACGAAAGGAAACGAAAAGGUAAUGCAUUCGACAUUUGCCCUUUCAUUUCAUUUACAUUUAGUGAAACUGCUUGUCAGCCUCCUGCCCACAGACUAUGGGCCCUGCAGGGAAAUCUGUAAAAGACUACCAAACAAGACCGACUGUUAGCACUGAUUUCCCUGGAACUGUUUUGGGCAUGGGGCCAUGCUUGCGGUCGGUCAAAACUAUGACUUCCAGGAAAUUCCUGAACCCCUGAACCGAUCUGGGUGAUUUUUGGAUAUGUUAUUCACCCAGAUCGGGGCUAUCAGGGGAUGAGACUAUAUGGGGAUAUGUUGGAGUUUGGGGUACUUUCUGAACUUUGUGAAAAUGUGGUUUUUCUGCCUGGAGUUAAUUGAGUUACUUACAGGACUUUACUCAAUCAUCUCCUAAGCAGUACAUGGGCGUGUCACAGACUGUAUGUUUGUUCUGAUUGGUUUAUGUCCUUUGUGUUCCUGUGCCCCAUCAGGUCCAGGGGGUGUUCCUCUGGCCUGGAAAAUUGUAUAAGAGGCCAGUGUGUCCCAUUAAACUUGAGAUUCCUGCUUACACACCAAAACUGUGUGUCGUCCAGUUAUUGGAGGGAAAGAAAAUUUUCUCCUGUGUCUGCUGUUCCACCUUGCAGGAGAUUAAAUGGGGAAAGUCCUUGUAAGGACUAGAGCUAAUUCCCCAUUUGGUUCCAGAGUUCCCAGGACUAAGUGUUGUCCAGUGCAUGGAGGUGUCAGAGCUAAUUUUCCCUUCGGAUCCAGGAAGGAGGUGCGUUUUUUCCCCUGUUCCUGCUAGGAAGUGGUCCUUUGGCGGAGGUACCUAGUCAGAGUGCCAGGUGAUCCGUUACAUUUAGUUUGUAGGGCUUUUGUUUACUGACAAAAUCGUAUUCGUACGAAAACAAAUGCACGUCUAAUUCACAUUGACCUAUUAAAUAGCAGAAAGACUCAUUUAGAAUAUUAUACCCUUUAAAAAGCAAGCUAGGGUAUAAUAAAUUGCUAAUUGAAUCAGAACUCAAUAAUAUGAACAAGUCUAGGGUUCUAGGCAGUGUAUUUAGGCUAUAAUCAAAAUAUGUAUCAGUAAACACAAUUCAGGUUCUAAUUUUUUUCUGGAGGAUGCUAUUUGCGUAAUUCUCAAAUAUGUGAGUAACUGGAGAAAAAUAUUUCAGUGUUACUAAUAAAGUUUCUGCUAUUAUCAGUUGGGCGAGGUUUAAACAAUGUUAAGCAGUACAAUUUCUUAAUUUCGUAUGUGUAAGCAAGAUGUUACAGAUUAGCUGAUGCAGUAAGAAAUCGUGAUUGGCUUGUGUUCUGUAACUCUCUUCUAGAUAUUUUUAAUCCACCCAUUAAUCCCUCCACCCACCCAUCCAAUCCAUCAAUCCAUCACAUCCAUCUAUAAGACAUUCAAUUUUAAGAGUAACUCUUGGCAUUUGUAAGGAGACAGCUAUCCAGCAGAGAUAAAACAAUGGAAAUGAUUAAAAGCAUUUGGUGGACACAUGGUACAGGCAUGUUAUAAGUGUCUUGUCAGAUGACAAAAUGUUCAAUAAUGAACCACACUCAACUAAUGACAACCGGGAAAAAUUGGCUCUCUACCCAUCAAUGUGGAUACUAACACAUUUAUUGUAGAAUAUGCCUAGAACUAUGAAGGUUGGUCGUGUUAUUAGACUCAUGCACACCUAUAAACAAACAUACAAACGAAAAUACAUAAUUAUUUUAAAACACAGGUAGGUAAUUUAAAAGCCAUUGGUGAGAGGCGUUCUAUCCCCAAUCCGGAUUACAGCGCCAGCAUCUCAAGUAAAUAUUUCUGCUUCCUUACUCCAGGACAAUUGCUUUCAUCUUCUGACCAACGCAAGUCCAACAUGUUCUAACUUUGUCCAUAGUCUAACCCCAGUAUGAAUAUAUGUAUACAAUGUACGAUCUGUAUCAGGUUCUGUGAAUAUUACCACCCAGUUAAUGCACUGCCUUCUAUAAAUGACUAUCUAUUGACACAAUUUGUUUGUAUAAACACCUGUUUUUUGCAAAAGUUUGGAAUUUAUUUCACAUCUGCAGCAUUAAUAUUUUAUGUACGGCUGUUACAUUACAUUGCUCCUAUUUGUCUGAGAUAUAUUUACAGGCACGUAAAGCCAGUUUAAUGCAAACCCCCAGUAAAAAGUUAAAUAGGAAAUUAUGAAUACACAAUUUUAAUAGGGAUUGCUCUCGGAGACAUCACAAAGUCUGGAUAUAUUUUACAGUAUAGGGAGGAGUGUCUCUAAAAAAACAUACUUUUUUUUUACCUGGUUAAAUGUAUAGGAAUGUAAAUGCAUAGCCGGAGGACAGGAACCUCCCUGAGUCAAUGUGAAUCAGACAUUUUGUUUUAGAAACCAACUCAGCACAGAAACACAACACCACCUCUCGGAUGAGAAAAGGCACUUUUAUGUAAGAAGUUUUAAGGAAAGAAAAGAAGGAAGGGGAGGGGGGGGGGAUGGUGCUGUUCAGACACUAUUGGGUUAUCUUCCCAAACCAAUGACGUGAUUAUAAACCCUGAUGCCUUCACAAAAGUUGGCAUGCAAAUUAAAGCUGAUGACUCUACGAAGGGACCUGUCUUUCAUGCAAACUUACACCCACUUCCCAAAGUAUAAAAUCUAGGUAGAGUGGUUUGGAUUCCUCACAUUCACACAUACCAUCCUUCCGGUGGGAUUCAGAUUAAGGCUCUGUAAUUACAGCACACCAUGUCCUCCUAUAGUAUCAGACAAACUUCCACUUCUACAGGAACCAAAGGUGGCUUGGGUUUCGGUGGCUAUGGUGGUGGUUCCAGUAGGUUAUCUGUAGGUGGCUAUCGGACCCCUAGCAUCCAUGGUGGAAGUGGUGGUAAAAAUGUUUCUAUCUCUACCGCAAGAGUUGUCUCAUCUGGGAUUGGUAGCGGCCUUUGUGGUGGCUUUAGUGGUGGCUUUGGUGGUGGCAUAGGUGGCAGCUACGUGUCUAGCUUUGGUGGAGCUCAUGGUUCUGGAUAUGGCUUUGGAGGGGGAGCUGGUGGAGAUGGCCUUCUGUCAGGAGGUGAGAAGGAAACCAUGCAGAAUCUGAAUGACCGUCUGGCCUCAUACCUGGACAAGGUGCGAUCGCUGGAGAAAGCUAAUUCUAUGCUGGAGAUUCAGAUUCGUGAAUGGUACGAGAAGCAGAGACCCUGUAUAUCCAAUGACUACAGUAACUACUACAAGAUAAUUGAAGACCUCCGCAACAAGGUAGCAAACAUUUCUCUACUUCCAGUGAACACAUCAGUGUACCGUUACUUUUUAAUAUUUCUGUCUAGUUCACCAUUAAUCCAUAUGUUGAUACAAAAUAUUUGAAUAGAUGAUUCCAUGUACAACUCCCUAUUUUAUCCUAAGAUUGUAUAGCAUGAUAAUAUAGGUUAUGUAUAACAUCUUUUGUUAUCUGUUCUUUUCAUAGACCUCUACUCAAUGGUACGGUGUUUUAAACAGUUGUAUUUGUGCAGAUCAGUUAAAUUUCACAAUAUAAUAUAUAUUUUAACUAUUUUUAAACCAGGCCGUAAUAGGUUACUAUAUUGUAAUUGAGAUAAUAGAUAAUAAUAGCCUUAAGUGAUCAACCUUAAAUAUAUAUUCACUAACAUGACAUGGGCUCAGUUACAUGUGAAGCUGGAUCUAAGCCUCCUUUAUAAUGUAUGGUUAGAGGAAAUUAAGUUUCCAAUCUUCGACCUCCACUUGUCCUUGGGCAAUAUUUCCCAUAGUUGGUUGUCUGUCAUAUUGUAAUCCAACAAUGACACCCCAGCUAUAUUAAAGCUGGUAAUAAACAUUCACAUGUUAUUUUAUUUGUAAGGUGAUAAUGAACCCAGUGAACUGUAGACUGUAUCACCUAUGGAAUAUGAUAAACAACUUUCUCCUUUAAAAGUGGAUGUUUAUACAGUACAGUAAACUUACAAGGAAUUUAUUAAAUUUAUUUUACUCAGACCGAGUCUGAAUCAACUUAAUGCCAUUUCGUAUUACCCCUCAGCCCCAAGUAUGAGCAUGUUUAUUCAAGGUUCGGUUAUGUAUUUUUUAAUAAGGGAAGAGAUAUUGAUGAAAUAACGGGUGCACUUUUGUAGAAUACUCUUACAUGGAAGUAUAUUUUUUUCUAAAUAUAUGUACAUGUUUAUGAAGUAGAAAAAACACUGCCUUUGCAAUCUAAGUGAACAGUAGACAACACUUGCCAACUAAAAAAGGGCCUAAAAUUGCUGAUUGUAAACGUUCUAACUUAAUAUAACAUUUUCAAAUGUAUCUCACAAAACUUUUCUGUGCUAAGAUAUAUUUCCAGAUCUCCAUUACAGGUUAACUUUCAGGUGGCAUUCUAAGCAACAUAAUCACUAAUGGUAACUGCAAACCUGCUCCCAGCAUAACACUGUAAAACAAUCACUAUCGCCCCAAACAAAAACUAAAUAGAAUACUUCUAUUCAUUACAUGCUUUUGUCCCCUGUAUUAAUGAAUAACCUCUAUCAUUUAGAAAAACAGGUGGUAGGGCAGUCACCCGAAAUUCCAUUAAAGGUAGGCUGACACCCUAUUCUGAACAUGGAUAUUCAUCUGUGUAGGCCGAUGAACUAAUUCAAGAACUUUGUGGGAACAUCCUAGGAGCUCUUCCGCUUCCAGGGCCAGUGAAAUACUCCAGAAAUUCAGGAGAACUCUUACACAAUGCUGGUCCUUCCUUAGCCUUGUAUAGGAAAGUUAGUGAACACGUACAUUAGCAUGUGUUAGCAUCACGAACAAACAUGCCCGUAAUUUUUUUCUUUUUUAAAGUCAAGAAGAAGGAAAAGAAUACGCACAUGUGAACAAUUGCACAAUUUGGAACCAUAAGUUUUCUCCCAUCCCUACUUGAUUAAACAUUAUUAGCACUUUUAUUACAAUAAAUACUUGUUUUUAAUCACUUUUAGAAGUUUGUUAAGAAAAUUGAAAGCUACUGUGUAGUAUAAUCUCAUGAAUUAGUAAUUUAUUUAGCAAUUUUUUGUUGUAAUGUGUAUUUUCCGUUACCAAUGGGGGACAAUCUAUAGGAAAUGACAAUUGUAAAAAUAUACUACAAAAUGUUUGAAUUAUUUAGUAACUUUCUUUCACUCUUUCACCAUCUUUUAGAUCCAGAAUGCUAACUUGGACAAUGCAAGAACCAUUCUGCAGAUUGACAAUGCCAAGUUGGCAGCUGACGAUUUCAGAACUAAGUAAGUUUGUUGCGUGAAUUUGGCUCUUAAAUUGUUGCAUAGCGGCCAACAAUAUGCCCUAAAUUCUUUCAGACUUCCCCUUUAAUCAAUGUUUUUUAUCUGACCAACAUAUAAAGACACACAAAGUAAAUCUUAAUCUUACACUUUUAUGAUUUGGUGGAUGAAAGCUGUGAAUUUUCCAUAUUAUAGCAAGGGUCAUCAAGCUCAUUUUAUCACAGUAUUCAAUAGCCCUCCUCAAAUAGUCUGUACACAAAGCCCAAUAGAUUGAGUGCAAACAAAGAUCAUGAUUGAGAAAUACAUGAUUGUAUUUUAGUAUCACCUGUGGCCAAAUAUGGAGCAGCAGUUAAAAUAAAGUAAAAAAUUACUUAGUAUUACUGGCUGCUAAUAUUUAAGACAUUUCAGGAACCACAAGAAGUUCAGUUACAUACAUAUUUAUGUAAAUUGAUGGUCCAAGAUUUUAAGAGUGUUCUUUUCACCUCUUUCUAACAAGGUAUGAGAAUGAGCUGGCCCUUCGCACGAGUGUUGAGAGGGACAUCAACGGGUUGCGCAGAGUUCUGGAUGAGCUGAGACUAACUAGUUCUGACCUUGAGAUGCAGAUUGAGAACCUGAAGGAGGAGCUGGCUUACCUGAAGAAGAACCAUGAAGAGGUAGGGUAAAAUUUGUGAAUAUUCAGACUGGCGAAAACACUUGAAGUUCUAUCACUAGGUUAUAGAAUAUACAAUGAAGUAGGCAAUGAUCUUUGACGAAGAUGCACUCAUAAACAAUUGUUUAUUUUUACACAGGAAAUGAAGGCAUUCCGUGGACAAGUUGGUGGUCAAGUGAAUGUAGAAAUGGAUGCUUCCCCUGCUGUGGACCUUACUAAGAUUCUGUCUGAAAUGAGGGAUCAGUAUGAAGUCAUUGCUGACAAGAACCGGAGAGAAGUUGAAGCUUGGUACUUACAGAGGGUGAGUUAGUUUGACUCAAUCUUUUUUCAUAGUAUUUCUAAGAUUAAUUUUAACCCAGGUGCUUAAUGCUCAUUUUCCUUCUACAGACAGAAGAACUAAGCAAAGAAGUUGCCAGCCAUAGUGAACAGAUGCAGUCUAGCAACACGGAAAUCACAGACCUAAAACGCACAUUCCAAGGCUUAGAGAUUGAGCUGCAGACACAACUAAGCCUGGUAAGAUAUUUUCCACCAAAUAUAGGAGCUGACUCAAUAACACUGCCAUGAUGACACCGAAAUACUAUGCGCCACAUAUUGACCAUUUCUGGAAAUAUGGUUACAUUUAAAUUUCAAUGUCCCAUGUGACCCGUCUCUUCAAGACGAAAUGAUAUCUUGCAUAUAUAAGUUUACAAAUGUCGCCAUUGGAAAACAAAGUUUAAAAGGUCUUUGAUAAAUAGGGUCACCCAGUAAUGACAUUGGAGUAAUAUGACCCGAUCUCUUUAGACUGUCACAAAACUAGGACACACCACCCCAUUUUGAUUGUGAGCUUGUUUGGGCAGGGCCCUCUUUACCUACUGUUCCCGUACGUCAUACAUGUUUUGUUAGAAUUUAAUGUGUUUUCAAGUGUACAGCGGUGCGUAAUUUUUUGGUGCUAUAUAAAUAAUUGUAACUGUGACAGGAAUUUAUUGGAUGCACAUAAAUGUGAGAUUUUAAAUGUUUACAAUAUAACACUAUUUAAUUCCUAAUCUCUUUUUUUCCAAUAUAGAAAGCUGCUCUAGAAGGCACAUUAGCAGAGACAGAAGGUCGAUACUGCACACAACUUUCACAGUUACAAAGCCUCAUCGGUGAUGUUGAGGCUCAGCUUUCAGAGCUCCGAUCAGAUAUGGAACGCCAGAGUUAUGAAUAUAAAAUCCUCAUGGAUGUGAAGACCCGGUUAGAACAAGAAAUUGCAACCUACAGACGUCUCCUAGAGGGAGAAGAGUAAGUGAAAAUAUAGGCACAAUAACGGGAAACUAUUAACCACAGUAGAAAAUAAUAAUAAUAAUAAUAUUUUUUUGUUUGGAUUGCAGGUUGUGGCAAUUUGCCAUCAACAAAUAUAUAAAAAUUAAGUUUAGUAAAUAACUUUUUGAACUUUAUAAACACCAGUGAUGUCUUCCAUUCACAAUGUUAAGAAUGUCCAUGUAUGGUACUUAUUUAAAGUAGUUCAUCAACCUAUAAUAUAAUAAAUUGUCUAUAAAUCCAUUCAGAGCCAGAUUAAGAUCCUACAACAAUCAAGAAAAAUUAUAAUUUUGUCUCUCCCCACCUUCCUUUUGUUGAACUACAUUACACAAUUACACAUUUUAUAAUUUAAUAUAAGUCAAAUCAUAUAGCUUUAAAAUAAAAAUAAUAUCUUACUUUUAAGCAGAUACAGAAAUCAAUAUAGUGAGACCGAUAUAUAUAUAGCGAUAUAAAUAGAAAAAUAGUCAGAUAAGGAUAUAUACAGAGAUACAUACCCCCAACUGUCCUGGAUAGGUAAAGGUGGCCUGUUGUGAUUUUGGUAUAUGACUGCCAUUUUGGAUUUGUACUCUGGAGUCAUCUGACGUGAGAGCUUCAGUGCCUCUUUUAGACUUACUUGUGUUUAACAAAACAAACUCAGAGCUUUUCUAAUCAUACACGAGCGCUUUCCAGAUGGGCCAUACUAUGGUGGGUUUGCUAUCACAGGUAAUGAUUAGGCCCCACUGACGCAUCUUCUCUUCAUCAUGGUCUGCUUCCUGCUGCAUAGCAAGUGAUGCCUUCUCUAGUCCUGCUCCCCUCCUCAUUUACAUACAGAUGCAGAGAUUGGCACAGUUUUAUCCAGAUAAAGUAGCACAUCAGUUUUUAAAAAAAAUUUACUGACAAAAGUAUAAAAAUGCUAAAUGUUCCUUAAUUUAUCUUCCAUUAUGUAAAACCCUCUAAACUUCCAGUCCAUCAACCACCAUCAACCAAUAAAAGUACAUUUCCAGAAUUUGGCCAAUUACAUAUAAAAUAAACAUUCUAAUCUUACAAAACAAGUUUGCAUUCAUUCUUGUACGUUUUUGGACUGUGUUGAAUGACCCCAUUGUUAUUCACAAACACCCUCUGGCUUAUCAUACUGAAAAAUAUUCUGCAGAAAAUGCCUUCUUUUAUAAAUGAGUUAAAUUUCACAAGAGGCUUAUUUUACAAUCAAUGAAAAUCCCUGCAAGGCUUGGAUCUCAGGAUGAGAAUAAUACAUUUUUAUCUUAGUGAUUUGACUUCUUUUUAUUCUUUUAGCUUAUAUUCAAUAUUUUGUAUAGUUGUUUUUAUUUACAAAGGGUUUUAUGAAGACAAGUACUGUAAUAUUGCUCUUGUUCGCAUGUAUGACCAAGAAAUUCAUUUUUUAUAUGUUUAUGUUAAGUUUAUUAUAGAUCCCUUGAUGAAGUUUCAAAUAUCAAAUGUAAUUUACAAUUCUCUUUUUAUUUUUCCCUUAGCAUAUCUUACAAAGACGGUAAGCCUCCUCCUAUUUUUUUUUUUAAUUUUAUUAAAAAUUGUUGAAAAUUCCAUUUCAUAUUAUGUGUAAAGGCACAAGUUAAAAUAUGUCUAUUAUUUAUUACAAGACAUUUUUUUCUCAACAGGUAUUAUGUAUUUAUAUUUCAAAUGACGUAUGCAAUAUAUAUUAUCUAUACAAUAUCAUUAAAAUUAGAUUUUUAUCUCAUGCAUAUUGAGUGCUAUAUAUUUACAAUACAUUUACUGUUGAUAUUGUGUUACUGUUACAGCGAUUUGUUCGUGUACCAUAUGUCUAACAGAUUUAUUUUCGAUUUUAGCUUCUCAAACCACACGCCAAGUUCGCACCAUUAUACAGGAGACCGUCGAUGGAAAAGUUGUCUCAAGCAAAGAAAAAGUUCAUAAGGAAAACUACUAAACUGAAACAUGGCUAAGAAGUCAGAACCUAGAAAACGCUAUAUUUUACAAAAACAAAAUGUUCUACAAAAUCAACAACAAUAAUAGUCAAAAAAUAUGAUACAGUAUUAUAAAUCAAGUUUUAUCAACGGCAUGUUGUUUUGGGUUCUCUCCAUUAAUCAUUGCUGUCAGGUCACUGUCUAUCUGGUCUUGACCUGAUAGUGCAGUUUUUUAAAUUACUAUUCAAGGUGUUUCUAUAUGUAUCUCUUUCCAAUAAAGUUAUAAGCUUUUUUCAUGCAUCCCUGACUACUUCUGUGUAUUGUUUAACAAUAUUUUAAUAAUUAUUAUAAUUUUCCCAUACUUUUAAGUAGUAUUUAAAUAGUGUUUUGAAAUGUGAACAAGCAACUAUAUGUACAUUUCCUCUAGAUAUAAAAGUUAUCCGUUUUUCUUUUAAAGUAAAAAAACAAACAGAAAUACGGACUCAUAAAAUCACCAUGGCAUUUUAAUAUUAUUAUAUCUUGGAGUGAGUUCUGAUUUGAUAGAUUACAUGCCAAAGGCAAGCACUAGGGUGGUCAAACUGGAGUCUGGUGAACAGCUAUACCUGGAAUUGGCAACCAACAAUUAAAGGUAAUACAGCAAGGUUCAGCUAUUCUCUGGAAUCAAGAGCAACAAAUUAUAAUAGGUAUAAAGUAGUCUAAAGAAGAUAUAUUUCUAUAGUCAAAAGAAAAUGCCACCUGAUCUUCAGCACACCAUAAUUCAAUUUGCAAAGUUUAUCAAGCCAUUAACUAUGAUGCCAACAUUUCAACACUUUGAAGUGUCUUGAUGAUCUCCAAUCCAAUGGUUUCCCCUAGGAAAGCAUUAGGAGGCUAUUGCACAUGCGUGGCAUAAUACUGCACUGUGCCAAUCAACAUCUCCUCAUAAAGAUGCAUUAAAUCAGUCCCUCUGUGUGUCUCAUUCUCCCCUUCCCCAGCUCCUCUGAUUGUCUCUUGUUCCCCUUUCUUAGCCCCUCCAUGUGAUUCAGUCCUCCCCUCUAGCCCCCCCAUAUGUCUCAUUCUCCCUCGCCCCUCCAUGUGUCUCAUAUCCACCAGUGUGUAUCAUUACCCUCCAGCCCUUCUAUGUGUCUAUCAUGCCUCCCCUGAGGAUCUUCUGUUUACUUUUGUCGGUCUGACAGGAAGUGCUCUCACUAAGAGCACUUCCUGUCAGGCUGGGAAGAGGAUACAGAAGAUCCUCUACCUACUGUAUGGAGUAUAUGGAAAGGAGAGACAGCGCUAAUUAAUAAACAGGCAGCAACCUUAAAAAGGGAAACCCUCCAAGCCCUUUUAAAACAAGACAGUAAAAACAAUAAUAAAAGGCUGCGCCAAUAAGAGAGUAAAAAUAGAGUGACUAAGAAAAAAUGUCCAACGUAAUAGAUAAAAAAAUAAAAUAAAAGUUCAACUUAAGUGUCCUUGCGGAUAGUCUUUAUAGUAAGUGUUGCAGCAGUGAAGACUUAUCUAUUACGUUGGACAUUUUUUCUUAGUCACUCUACCUACUGUAUGCUUGACCAUGCUACAAGAAGUAAGCGUCCGUGCACCCGCCUGAAGAUAUGCUAGCUCAAUUUAUAAAGAUGGAAAAAGAUAUCAAAAGAAAUCCAAAGCCUUGAAAAUGCCCGUAUUGUUCAAUCACUUAUUAAGAAGUGGAAAAUUCAGGAUUCUCUUAAUACCAAAGUACAGAAAGAAACAAUGUGUGUGAACACCCACCACAGUGUAAUAAGUGCUUAAUUUAUAUCAACAGAAAGGAACUUUCCUGUAUAGGAUAAGAUUUCCAAUAGUAUCCCAGAAGACUUCCUCUUGUCUUCCACACAACACAAGCAAAAAAAGGGGGAUGAUCUGCUGAACCAAUCAUAAAUAAAACAACAUAGCGUAUAACUGUGUAUGACGACAAAUUGUAGAAGUUAUAUUCACAAAUGGCCACUCACACUUUUGCUGAAGUUUGCAAGCCUUGAAUAUUUUCCUUUUCAAAAUAGGAAUUCCAAAUCCUCUGUCUGGGUUAAAAUCUCCAUAGAUAUAUUGGCAUAUACGUGCUCAAGAAAGAAAUGUAUAUAAAAGAAUAUAAGAUGCACAUUCAGAGUGAAGUACAAAAAAGUAUUUAAUAACUUACAUCAAAAUAUAAAAUCAUCAGUGUAGUCCCUCUAUGUCACCACCAGGGGUCCUACAAAAAAGUAUUACAGGCUGCGCGGGAAAAAGAUGGUGUGGUUGUUUCAAGGAGCACAAUACAAUGAUGUCUGAACAAAAAUGAGCUAGGGCAGGAUGGUGAUGACUUGGACAUUUGAGACAUGGCACGGUGGGAGGAGGUGGAGUAAUGAUGGAAUAAUGGUGAUCCUCUAAGGAGAACGUGGUGAAAAAGAAGCAUGAGGGAAAUUGAUUCGUCUGUCCUGUCGGUGGGGGUAAAAAACGGAAAUGUAUGUGGUUGAAAGGAAAAGCUAUUGAUAUAUACACUCAGUAAAGCUUGUUACUAGAAUACCUCUAAAUUUACUCAAAGGACAUGUGGUUGUGGGAUACUCCCAGUGAAAGAAUUUUGGUGAAUAAGGAGAAUAAUCUGUAGAGGUGGGAGAGAGGGAGAGGAGAGAGAGAGGAAAUGGGAGAGGGGAAGAGAUGGGUAGGAAGAAAGGGAGAAGAAAAAGGGGAGGAAAGAAAAAAAAGGCAAGGGUGACCUGCAAACUAAAUACAACUAAUUACAAGUAAUAAAUAUAAAAAAGAAGAGAAUGGAAAGGAAAUGGGAAAGAAAAGAAAAAAAGAAAGAGGAAAGGAAAAGGGGAAGGAAAAAUAUAAAAAUAGAAGAAGGAAAAAAGUGAGAAAAAAAUACAUAAAGAUAAUACACAAAGAUAAUACACAAAGAGAUUGAUAAAGAGGGAAGAUACAUUAUACUGAAUUAUAAAAUAGAUAAUGCACUUUUCACAAUAGUUAAUGUUUAUGCCCCUAAUGCUAAUGCAAUUUCCUUUUUAAACCUUUUAAUGGAAAAGGUAGAUAAAUUAAAAACGGAGGGUGAUUUUAAUUUGAUAGGUGACACAAAUUUGGACAUAAAACUACAAGAAGGAAGAAUCAUAAAUAAGAGCUUGCUAAAAAUAAAAAAUUUGGUUAAAAAAUUAUGAUUUAAUCGAUAUAUGGAGAACUAUAAACCCAGAAAAAAAAGACUUUACAUUUUAUUCUAUACAAUUUAAUUCCUACUCAUGUAUAGAUUUAUUCUUAUCUACAACUUAUAUCUUUUAUGAAAACUUAAAAUGUGAAAUUUCAAUUCCCACUUGGUCAUUAUUUCUUGAAUUAAAACCGAAUAAAAAUAAAGUUAGACAAGAAUGGAGACUUAAUGAAUCCCUUCUUAAACAAAAGUAUAGCAUGGAAAACAUGCAAAAAGAAAUAAAAAAUGAUUUCCAUGAAAAUAAAUUGUGUCAAAUCUCGAAGGGAAUUACUUGGUGUGCAUUCAAGACAGUAAUUAGAGGGCACAUAAUUAAAUUUGGUUCACAUGAGAAAAAAAAAAAAUACCUAUCCAACAAUUAUAUAUCCCAUUAUCUCAAAUAGAAAAAAACAAAGAAAAUCCAUCUAAUAAAAUUUAUGAAGAAAUUUAUAAAAAACUUAAACAUGUAGAAAGAAUGAAUUUAAACCUCCUGCAUUUUAAACAAAAAUAGCAUAGCCAAAGAAAUAGGGCUAAUAGAAUGAUGUCCAACAAGCUAAAAAUGCAAAAGAAAAAAUGGGAAGAUGAUACUGGACCCAGUAAAAAUAGGCACUUCCUUUUCGGAUUUAAAUUUUUUUUAAUAUAAUUUAGGUAAAGAUUGUGAUCUAUUAGAAGCUCGAGAAAAAAAUAAAAAAAUAUUUGGAGAAAUUGAAUUAUUCUCAUAUAUCUGAUGGUGAUUAUGAAAUCUUAAAUACUCCAAUACACUUUGCAAGAAAUUUCAAAUAUGAUUCAUGUAAGACAAAUAAAGCACCGGGUCUGGAUGGAUUUUUUAAUAUUUUUUAUAAAGGUUUUGAAAAGGAUCUGUAAAAUCAUCUAUUUAGGGGAAAUGCCGAGAGAGAUUUUAUUAGCAAACAUAUCUCCCAUCUUAAAGCCUGGUAAAGAUAAAACAUUAAUUACAAAUUUUAGACCAACCUCUCUUAUAAUCGUAAAUACAAAGAUAUACUCAUCAAUAUGGGCAAACAGAUUAAAACAGAAAAUGUACACCAUACUUACCGAUAUUUUCUUUUCACGUAUAUAUGCAAUGGCAGCACUACGUAGGGGUAUAGCUCCUCCCCUUCUCAAUUGGACAGGAACACCUCCUAAAUAAUUAAUAAAAGAGACUUCCUCCCAUGCCCCUUCAGUCUUAGUUUAAAGCCACGAAACAGCACAAAAUUUAGAAAAGGGUGGGAUCGUAGUGCUGCCAUGGCAUAUAUCCGGGAAAAAAAAUAUUGGUGAUUAUGGUGUACAUUUUCUGUUUUCCCUGGAUAUAUCCAUGGCAGCACUAUGCAUGGGGUGUACCCAAGCCGAAAGGUACAAGGGAGGACAAAUAAAAAUAACCAAAAAUGCUUAGUCAAUGCAAUUAAAACUCUUUAUUGACGUAUCAACUAUAAGGUAACGAAGAGGACACUUCUACUGAAUUCCGUGGUAGAUGAUCGAAUUACGUCCAGCUGAUAUUGAUGAAUAAAUGUGUUGAAGGAGGACCAUGUUGCUGCUGAACAAAUGUGAUCCGGAGAAAUGUUGGCUGCAGCUGCCCAUGAGGAGGCCAAUGAUCUGGUGGAAUGAGCUUGAAGACCUGGUGUUACUGGAACCCCGGAAACUGAGUAAGCCUGACUAACGGCUGAGAUUAUCCAUCGGCCAAUAGAAGUAGAAGAAGCAGCCUGACCCCUAUUGUAUCCUGAAGGAAUGAUGAACAGAUUAGAGGUUUUCCUCAUAUCAGAAGUACGGUUCAGGUAUGCAGACAAACAACGCACCAGAUCCAAACAAUGCCAUUUCUCUUCUUCUUCAGAUGAAGGAUGAGGGAAAAAGGCUGUCAAGAUGAUGGCCUGAUUCAUAUGAAAUGCGGAUACCACUUUGGGCCUGAAUGUUGGAACCGUACGAAGAAUAACUAGGUCUUCCUGAAGAAUCAAAAAGGGAGACAUGCAGGAAAGAGUGCCAGGCUCAUCUUGUAAGGCCUAUUGUAGAGGACAAGCUUCCCAGAAGGCUCAUGAAUUCCCUGGCUGGAAUGGAGUUGAGGGACAGAAGAUGAAGAAUCUUUGACUGAAUACGAAGCCCUCUCUCCAAGGACAGGGAGAUGUGCGACUGAAUCGUGUCGAACCUCGCCCCUUAGUAUACCAUAAUUUGAGAGGGAAAAAGCUGACUCUUUUAGAGGUUUAUUAUCCAUCCAAAUUUUUGAAGAUGAAUGAGAACUCAAUCUUGAUGAAGAAGGAGAAGAUCUCUGUUAUGUGAGAGGAUCAAGAUGUCGUCAAGAUAAUGGAAUAUUGAAAUACCUUCCAAACGCAUGUGGGCUAUUAAGGAAACAAGGAUCUUUGAGAAAGUUCUGGGAGCUGUGCUCAGGCCAAAGGGAAGAGCCCGAAAUUGAAAAUGCUGGUGGUGAAUUGCAAACCUCAGGAACGUCUGGUGUGGUGGAGCAAUAGGAACGUGAAAAUAAGCAUCUCAAAAGUCUAUGGAGAUUAACCAGUCACCUGUGGAGAUGACUUUCAUAAUUGAACUUAAAGAUUGCAUCAUGAAUUUUCUCACAUACAGAUCUACAUUUAGCUUGUGAAGAUCUAAAAUUGGUCUCCAUUUCCCUGAUGCCUUUGGAGUGAGGAAUAGUCUGGAAUAGACUCCCAAUCCUCUUUCUUUUGCAGGAACAGGACAUAUGACUCCUUCUGCUGAAAGGGAAGAAAUAAAAGAACGAAUGGCUGCUGCUUUCUCUGGUUCCAGAGGAAUGCUCGUAGACAUGAACCGGGGAUAAGGGAUAGUGGAGAAUUUCAAGAAGUAGCCAGACUUUAGGGUCUUUAGCACCCACUUGUCCUGUAUUGUUUGAGCCCAGACCUCAUAGAAGUGAAGAAGUCUUGCUCCCACUUUCAAGGGCUGGACUUGCGUCCCAUCAGAAUUGAUUUGGUGGUCAGGUGCUGCCACCUCGUCCUCGGGAGAUUUUGGAAGAGGAGAAUCCACCUUUCCAAGAUUAGAAUCUGGAAAAUUCUCUACCAGGCCUGUAUUAUCUAAAUUCCUUAUCCCGAAAGAAACGUCUGUCCUGUAGAAAGGAUAUUUUAGGACGUCUAUCUUGAGGAAGAAAGGCCUUACGUCCUUCCACUGCCCUUUUAAUACAUUCGUCCAGAUAUUUGCCAAAGAGCUUAUCCCUUUGAAAAGGGAGGGCACACAGGCUAUUUUUUGAAGAGGUAUCUGCCACCCAAUUACGUAGGCAAAGAGCACGUCUUAAUGCCACUGUCAGGACCAUGCUUCUGGAGAUGGUUCUCGAAAGAGGGAAGGAGUCAUCCCAAAAGGACUCUUAUGCCCAUUUACUCAGAGCCAGGUUACAGGCUCUCACCCAGGUGAGAAGCAAUCUUCAUUUUUCUAUGCAUGUUUGUGUAUUGUCAUCAUAAGGAUUUCAACACCAGGGCGAGUUUUCCCUGUUCUCUCUCUUUUUAUUUUUGAGGAUUACAUCUCAUUUGGAUUCAAAGGUGUGUGUCACCUUAAGGACACAAAGCGAGAGUGAUUAGAGCCAAUCCCCAAUAGGCUCUGAACCACGUGAGUGCUUCCUAUUAUAUGGCGUACAACUAUGUCUUUUAUUACAGAGUACACUAUAUAUUUCUCUAUUUCUUCCAUAGCUACCCGAAUAUCUCCUAUACCCCUAAAGAAUUCUGGGGAGUAAGUGAAUACUAUCUAGCGCUACACACUCUCACUACUGCAUACUGGUUAUUUAAAUAGUGUGUUUUUCACACUUUGGAUAAAUUUGAAUCCAUACGUUUAUCCAUUGGAUCAUGUAAAGUACCAGCAUCAUCCAAUGGAAGGGUGGUCUUUUUGGCUAAUCGGACAAUUGCUGCAUUCACUUUGGGGGCAAGAUCCCAACAACUACUUUCAUCAGAUUUAAAAGGGUAAAGUUUAGAAAAACAACCCUGAAUAGAAACUCUUUUCUCAGCCUUCUUCCAUUCUUGCUUAAUGAGGUCUUCAAUGGUCACAUGCAAUGGAAAAGUAGGAUUGCGCUUUCUUAGGUAUGCAAAAUGCUUACGAGAAGCUGGUUCUUCCUCUCUCUUAUCACUAAGGUCCAAGGUAUCACGAACUGCUUUGAUUAAAGCUUCAAUUUUCACAUUGUCUAUAAAGACGGGAGAGGCGCCAGACUCCUCAUCUUGAGAUGAAAACCAGGCUUCCUCAAAUACUGGGGGUAUAUAUUCAUCAGAGCUUAAAUCAGCAUGUUCUUUCGGGGCUAAAAGAUCUACGUCUUUUCUUUGCCAUCUCAGACUGCCGAAGACCCUCUGAAACUGCUUGACGGAUGUAAGAGAGAAUAUCUGGAUCCGGUUCUGCAUGGCCUGCCGCUGCUUUAAGACAAGCGAAACAAAGUCUUUUCCCAGGCAGCACCUUGUCAUCACAAGCUUCACACAAGGGGGUUUUAUCCUUCUUUUUCCUGUAUGAGUAUCUGUGGGCAGAACUAAAAUCCUGCAAUUAGAAAGCUGAAAUGCACUCUUUUAAAUUUGUAUAGUAAAUACUAAAAAUAAAAGUGACUUAUUCUGAACCUCGAGAUUGCGACCUAUUUUUUGAAGCAUGACCAGGGGAAUCCAUAGUAUGAGGUCAGUUAGAAAAUAAAAAUAAAGAUUCUAGCAAUCAAAAGAAAUUACCUAAUUUACCUAAAUUACCUAAAGUAUUUAAAAAAAAUUAACACCAAUACUAAAGUUAUUUAAUUAUUUUCAAAUCAAAAAGAAAGGAAUAUAUCACUUUCCUGCAGCCAGAAUAUAAUAUUUUCAAUUCAGAUAUGCAGGGAUACAGGAGUCUACAGACUGAAAACCAAAAGGCACUUACCCCUUUAAAUUGAAGAUACCAGAACAAGGAAGCAAAAUCUCCUUGUUACUGGUCUCACUCCGGUGUGCGUUCCUCGUGCAUUUCACGACCAGAGUGAGGAAAGUGGUAGGCUGAAAACCCAGAAGUGAAGCAACGAAAGUGCCGGACCUGGAAGUGCCUAAAAUUGAGCGCAUGCAAUUGGCGUGCGUUCCACAACCGGAACGAGUAAAAUAGAGGGGAAAGGAAUCUAAUAGGGAUAAGAAAAAGGCAAAGAAAAGUCCACCGGUCAGGUAAGCUCUGUAGAGUCACUGCCACUUAUAUCCACAGGGGUAGUACAGGAUAUCUUCAUGGGAAAGCCAAGAAGCCCAAGUAUAUGGAGCAAGUAGGUGUACCCUUUGUUGGAAUUACCACCACAAUGGGUCUGGCACGUCUGGCAAUAGGGUCACUGCAGCAUAGCUCCCCCGUCGCUGAGGGGAGAAUCCUCCAGGGGGUCGCUCUUGGUGAGGUGCCAUGUCCUGAGGCUUCCAUGGGGAGAGUGGCUGAACUCCCAUGGGCAAGGGGUACAAUUAGACCCGAGUAAGCCACAAAAUAAAAAAGAGGAGAUGAAACAUCCUAUGUCCAUGAGAAGUGGACAGGAAAUAAAGACUAAAGAAAAGAAAAAGUUACCUGCGCUCUCUCCUUAAUCCCUAUGUAUAUUUAGACAAAUGGAGGUCAUUUAGUUGCUCCAAUGGCCAUUGGAGGGAAUGCCCACCUGCCAACGUCAAGGCAGAACCCCCAAGCGGGUCCUAACACUGACCCUUCAGCCUGCUUCCUUGAGCUUCUGGCAAAGAUAUCUCUAAUGAGACAGAGAGGGGUAUUUUUUUAUAUACACCCUUAUAUACUUAUUAACCCUCAAUAGGGAGGCAGGCGGGCAUUCCCUCCAAUGGCCAUUGGAGCAACUAAAUGACCUCCAUUUGUCUAAAUAUACAUAGGGAUUAAGGUUGGGUCAGUUGGGUAUUUCGAGAAGAAAGUUAAUUUGGGGGAAGUAUUUUUAAAAUCAAUAUGGGUUUUAUAUAAAGAUCCAAAAGUCCCUAUUUUAGGCUUAGGAAUAAUAUCUCCUUGGUUCAAAAUAUAUAAUGGUAACAGACAAGGGUGCCCUUUGUCUCCAAUGUUAUCUGUACUCUCAUUGGAACCAUUUGCUCAAAAAUUAGGGACAACCAAAGGAUAAAAGGAUUCAGAGUGGGAGAGAGUGAAUUUAAAUUAUCAAUGUUUGCUGAUGACAUUUUUUAACUUUAGAAGAUCCAAUAUAAUUGGUAAGGGAGCUUAUGAAGAAGAUAAAGGACUUUUCUGAAAUAUCAUUCUAUCAAUUAAAUAUUGAUAAGGUCCAAGCGCUAAUGGGAAAUAUAAAGGAUGAUAAUAAAAAAGAUCUUCAGGAAACAUAAAUUUCAAUGGAAAGAGAAAACAAUGGACUAUCUAGGGAUACAAAUUGCUUUUUCAAAAAAAGGAAGUAAUUGAAUUUAUUUAUAAAUCCUUAUUAAAUAAAAUGAAAAACAAAUUAAAUGAAUGGAAAAAAAUUACCAUUUCACAGAUAGGCAGAAUAGAAACAUCAUUAUAUACUACCUAAACUUAUGUUGCUUUUCAGAUCUAUUUCAGAUCUAUUCCAUUAGUGGUUCAUAAAAUAGUAAUAUCUGAAUUCCAAAAGAUAUUUAAUAAAUUUGUCUGGAAUGUUAAGAAACCGAGAGUUGCAUUCAAAGUAUUAUCUAGAACUAUGAAAGAAGGUUUAGGUUUAGGCAUUCCAAAUAUAAAAAAAAAUAUGACUCAAUUAUGCUAUCUCAUAUUGUGAAAUGGUGCAAUACAAAUCAAGCCUUACAAUGGUUAGAAUUAGAAAAUAAUGCGUUAAAUAAAUAGGAUGUGAGAAUCGUUCUAUGGUCAAAAGAAGUCUGUAAUAGAUAAUUUUGAAAGAUUUAAGUUUUGUUUGGAGAAAAAUCAAAUCAAAAUAUUUGGCAAUGUUUGAGCUGAAAUCCUAUAUCCCAUUAUAUAUGAUGGGAAUUCUUCCAAGUGAUAUAAGUUUAAAAUCUUGGGUAGAUAAAGGGAUAACACAUCGAUAUCAGGUAAUACAUUAACAAAAAGUUGUCCCCUUUUGUCAACUUUCCCAAAACUUCAAACUUCCACCAAAUGAAUUUUAUAAUUAGUUUGAAAAGUUAUUUGGAAAAGAAGAUACUGAGGUCUAAAAAAAUUAAGAACAAAAAUAUAGAAGCAAUAUUUCUAGGGAAAAUAGAAUAUUAGAUGGGGAAGACCAUGCAUAAUUUAAUCAAUCAACAAGAACCAUUUUCUGAAUUGAUGCAAAUAAAGAGAUGGCAAGAAGAAUGUGCACUUGAAAUAGAUGAAUAGAAAUGGAAAACAGCUAUAAAUUUUAUUAAAGGACACGGAGGCUCAUAUUGUGCUUUCUCUUUCUUUAUUGUACCUCAGCAGCAAAGAAAAAGAAAUGCAUAAAUAUAAACGAAUUCAAACUGAGUACUCAAGGGUUAACAUAGUCUGGUACUCCAACCAAUAGGAACAGUCCAUUCAUCAAUAUCCACCCAUCUGACCUUUCCUCUCCCUCUUUCUUUGCUGCUGCCUCAGCUAAGUAUCAACCUAUCAUUUUAGCUCUCUACUUUUGUCAUUUUUUAUUUGCAUUUGUAAUUUGAAUUUGUAUUUGUAUUUGUAUCUCUUUAAUUUACUUUGUCUAUAAUCUUCCCUUUUAUUAUUACUGCAGUGUGUGUGUUGGGGAGUGUGACCGUGGGGAUUUGUGAGGGGUUCAGCCUUUCUGCCUCUGGGCUCUCUGCCCUCUCUCUCUCCGUUCGGGACACACUUCCCCCCCCCCCUCCUCCCUCCCUCCCACCUCACCGGGUUGUUUAUAACCCGUGCGGCUUUCCGGCUGCCCCCUCCGCGCCGGCUCCCAGCGGUGUCAGCCGAGCCCCCGGCCGUUCUCCGCACCGGCAUCUAGGCGCGAGCAGUGCCGGCCGGGUCAGCGCACACACGCGCUGUGUGUAUCCGCGGCGGUGGCCAUCUUCACAGUUUCGGCGGGUUUUCUUCCCGCUCUUUCACUGGCGCUCCCUGCCCCCUGGAGGGCGGGAGCGUUCGAGAGGGCUGUCAGCCACAACUGUCAGCUCCCUAGUGUUCCCCCCUCUGCCUCCAUUCCGGAGGGAACACUAGGUAAGCUGACAGCUUGGUUGUGCCUUGCCCUUCAUACUUACCUAUCUAGUAUAUAUCAGUGAGUCCUGUUCAGUUCACAGCCCCAUUAAAGUCACACAGUCCGUUUGUUUCAGGGACACCCCUUAAAGUGACACUACCUCAUUUUAAAAUUGUUAAAGGGGCCACAUAAGAGCUUCUUACACUUGUGUGAUUUUGACUGCCAUGCAGCACCCCACAGGCCAAGAGAGGGUCACCUUGCCUACCGGCAACUUGGGCUCCAACCCCACUGGGCCCAUGACCUCACGACCCACACCCCCUCAGAGGGAAGAGGUGGGAUCGGCUGAACAACUAAAUUCAGAGGAGUUCCACUCCCUGCUUGACGCGACCAUGACAAAAUCGGUCACGCAAGCCAUAUUUACAGCAAUGGGGACGAUAUCUGAUAACUUAACCCAGUCCAUUAGCCAUGCCAUCAUGGCGUCCGGCCAGGGCUCCAGUGAUCACGUCUCCAAGGCCCCAAAUGCUGAGCCUGCCCCCCUUAGUGGUCGCAAGGCUACGGCAAAGACCCACCACUUGGGCACCUACACCUCCAAAACUGUUGUGACGGACAGGUUGCGCCCUGUCAAUAAUGAGGACGUGGGGCCCCCACGUAAGAGAGCCUCCCACCGGGCAAAAACGGUGCGGUCUUGGAAAUGGGCGAAAGCCAAUAAUGAUAUUUCCGACUCUGAUUCGGAUCAAGAGGAGGUAUGGAGUGAGUCCGAAGGUAUGGACUCGCAAAAUUCUGCGGACUCUUCCCCAGAACGAGACCGCUCUGACGAGCCGCCCACUAAGGGUCGCAGCAAGACGGACGACUCCAUUAUUCUGGACCCACAAGGGGAACCCCUUUUCAACCCGGACGACCUGCAACACCCUAGGUCGACCGAGUGGUUCCCGGCGGAUCAUGUGGCCCAAUAUAUCGCGGCCAGGAUUAGAAAGCCCCUUGAUAAGGCCACUAGAAAUAAAUUGAGAGCCGAAUGCCCGCGCCCAACGGUCCCUGAUCUGGCGUGCGUCACGCCCGAAUUGGACCCUAAGAUCGCUCAGUUUCUGGGACGAUCGGGCUGGAAAGCCAAAAAGGGCCUUGAUUAUUCCUUACGCCAUUGUCAGGAUAAGGUCCUUGACUCAUUGGGCCCUAGUGCUAAAAUAUUCGACAUGGUCGAAGAGACAAUCUCCAAUGGCACACCAGUAGACGUCCUGGCUAUCCGGGAGUGGGCACAACGCUCCAUUUGUCUCAUUGGAAACUCCAAUGCCGCUCUCUGCACUGAGAGACGAAAGGCAGUCCUUAUGAAAAUCGACCCGAAGUUGGUCAAUAUGGCCAUUGCGGAACCCGGGCCUCAGGCGAAGGGUCUCCUAUUUGGGGAUAAUUUUGUUAAGGAGUUGGGCACUUAUGUUAACACGUUCACCGCCCUGGACAAGGCACAAUCAAACUUAAAGCGGGUGUUCGCCCCAAAGGUUUUCGGGGGGGCUGGCAGACACCGCAGCCGUCUGUCCAGCCGGUCCUCACGGAGCUCCUAUCGGGGCUACCGAGGCUCCCCUGCACCCAGAUUCCAGACGCCAGAGGUCAGGAACCCUACACCAUUCUUCCCUGUCCGGGGCAGGCCGUGGCAACCCAGGGGACGUAGAGGCUCUACAUAUGGCUGACGACCUUAUGGUAAGUCCCAUUUUUCCUUCCCGGGUUUAUUCUUCCGCCGUAGGGGGCAGACUAGCUCUUUUUCUCAAGGCGUGGCAAACCCUCACAUCAGAUGUUUGGGUUCUCCACGCGGUAACGGGGUACCAGAUAGACUUUGUGCAACCCCCGAUACAAAUGACGGCCCCUCGGCCCAUGGUUUUUUCCUCGACAGACAAAAACCUUGUGUCGAUGGAAAUCAGAUCAUUACGGGAAAAAGGCGCGAUUUACCGGGUCGCGCCCUUUUCCUCAGGUUUCCUGAGCAAUCUUUUCCUUGUUCCCAAAAAAGGUGGAGGGGUGAGACCGGUGAUCAACCUACGCCCCCUCAACGUAUUUGUAAGAUACCAACACUUCAAAAUGGAGGGCAUCCAUUGCCUGCGAGACCUGCUCAGGCUGUCGGAUUGGAUGGUCAAACUGGACCUCCAGGAUGCCUAUCUUACCGUCCCAAUAGCGGAGGAAUGCCACCACCUCCUCCAGUUCCCAUGGGACGGCCACAUGUGGAGGUUCAGGUGCCUCCCUUUCGGCCUGUCAUCCGCCCCAUGGUGCUUCACGAAGCUCCUGAAACCGGCGGUGGCCCUACUUCGCAGCAGAGGAGUGCGCAUGAUCGUCUAUCUGGACGAUAUCUUGAUUAUGGCCCAAGAGGUGCAUGUGCUCCGACAACAUCUGUCAUGGACGAUUCACCUGUUACGCAACCUCGGGUUUCUCAUCAAUUGGGAAAAGUCAGUUUUGGUUCCCUCACAAUCCAUGGAAUUCCUGGGCUUCACCAUCAACGCUGUACAAGGAACCUUGAACUUGCCGCAAGGGAAGAUCAAGGUCAUCAAAAAGGAGAUUCACAGAUCCCUACGACAACCGACGCUCACGGUACGUCAGCUAGCCAGGAUAAUCGGACUCCUCUCCGCCUCUAUCCAAGCGAUAUUUCCAGGGCCUCUCCACUACCGGGCGCUACAGAGACUAAAAGCUACUCAUCUUCAAUCAGGUCUCUCUUAUUCAGACUCCGUUCCACUCGAUCACACAGCCAGAGCAGAACUCCAUUGGUGGUUACAACACAUGGAGGCUUGGAACGGGAGAGCGAUUUUUGGCGACCUCCCGGAGUGCGUGAUAGAAUCCGAUGCCAGCACACUGGGCUGGAGAGCGCGCUGUGGGCGUACUUCCACAGGCGGAAAAUGGUCCCAUUCGGAAAAGAUGAUGCAUAUCAACGGCCUGGAACUUAUGGCGGGAUCAUUCGCACUGAAAAGCCUGUUGGGCACCAGGACCCACUGCUCGAUCGUCCUCCGGAUGGACAAUGUCUCAGCAGUGCAGUACAUCAAUCGCCUGGGCGGCACAAGAUCCAAACUAUUGGCGGAUCUGGCCAUGGAGUUUUGGCAGUUUUGUCUGGACCGCAAUAUCUCGGUACGGGCCGAAUACAUCCCAGGCCUCUCAAACACAAUAGCGGAUUGGAAUUCCAGACACCUAAGGGACAACGGCGAUUGGCACCUGAAGCGGGAUAUAUUCCUGCGCCUGCAGACGUUGUGGGGCCCGCUGCAUGUGGAUCUGUUCGCGUCUCGCUUGAAUACACAACUACCAGAAUUCUUCAGUUGGAGACCAGACCCGGAUGCAGUGGCGACGGAUUCGUUCCUCCAACAAUGGCCACAGAAGAGGCUGUACGCGUUCCCACCGUUCGCCUUACUGGCGCGAACACUGGUUCAUCUCAGCCGCUCACGGACGACAUUGGUGUUAGUCACACCUUUUUGGACGACGCAGCCUUGGUUCCCGUCCCUCAUGGAGAUGUCUAUCGACUUCCCCAGACUGCUACCAGCGGACCCUCAUCUCUUGACGGAUCCGGAGGGGAACUCACACCCCUUGGCGUUACACGAACAUCUCAGACUGCUAGCAUGGCUACUUUCCGGGGACUCCCAAACAUAUCAGAGGUUCCACGAACAACGUUGGAGCUAUUGGCGGGGGCCUGGGCACCGGGUACUCGCAGAUCCUACAGUCGCGCAUGGGACAUCUGGAAUAGUUGGUGCCUGGAACAAUCAAUGGAUCCCGUUUGUGCCCCUCUGACCAGCAUCCUGCGAUUCCUGACAGCCUCGAUCGAGGUUUGGCUUACCGCACUAUCAACGGCUACCGGUCGGCGAUCUCAGCAGGACACCAGGGUUUGGACGGUGCACCGGUAGGGAAACACAUGAUGGUUUGCAGACUUCUCAGAGGUGUUCGUUUCGCAAGACCACCACGACCUAGAUAUACAUCAACGUGGGAUGUAAAUUUGGUCUUGAAUCUCCUCGACCAGUGGCCACGGAAUCCAGAUCUCUCACUGAAACAGUUAUCAGCAAAAUUGGCAAUGCUUUUCUGCUCGAUAUCGUGCAAAAGGGUCUCCGAGGUGCGAGCAUUGGAUGUGGACGCACGUUCAUUCACUCCGUCAGGGGUGACAUUUCAUAUUUCCAGACGUACAAAAACGACAAUGACAACAGUGUCCUAUCCUACUUUUCCACAUAAUAAGAACUUAUGCCCGGUACUUUGCCUGAAAGAAUAUGAGGAGAGAACACGGACAUUACGAGACCCUACUAGACAUGAAUUGUUCAUUGCUACCAAAACGCCACAUCUCCCAGUAUCGACAGUUACGAUAGCCAGAUGGGUUAAAUGGAUAAUGGCUUCCGCCAAUAUUGAUACCUCAAUAUACAAAGCACACUCUACGAGGGGGGCAAUGGCAACCAAGGCUUUUACGCUAGGUUGUAGACUGGAAGACCUUCUACGUACUGCGGACUGGUCACGGGAGUCCACCUUUAAGGAAUAUUAUUUUCGACCUCCAGAACAUAUCACGUCAUCAGUCGUUGCUCAGCUUUAAACUAGCACAAUAUGAGCCUCCGUGUCCUUUAAUAAAAUUACCAGAUUUUACUAAUUUCAUGACGUAAAGUCAUGAUUUUAUAAAGGAAACGGAGGCGAGUAUUGGCCCUCCCAGGAAGAUCACGACGAUGGCAUGGUAAGUAUCAUGAGGUUGGUAUUAGUAGUAUGAUCUUCCAGACUCCCUCCCAGCAAGUGGACAUGUUAUGGUUUUUCUUAUGUUGCUGGACACGUUUGUUUUACAUGUUUGCAGACAAGUGAUGGCAUGACGGUUUAGGUUAGUAUGUAAAUUUGUAGAUAUUAGAUGUAACUAAACAAGGGCUAGUAUAUAUAACAUACAGUUAUGAGACCACACGUUACCAUAUUUCUCCUUCUCCCUUUUUUCAGCUUGACGUCCCUACGCCACUGACAUGGAGGAUAAGUUUUUCAGUUUCGUUUGAGUUUCUGUUCGAUGUUUCGUUAUGGAAGUGACAGCGACAUGCCGAUUAAGAGUUCAAGCAUUUCGCACAGUUUUUUAUACUUCGACUUCGGCAGGAUCAAAGAAAGAGGGAGAGGAAAGGUCACAUGGGUGGAUAUUGAUGAAUGGACUGUUCCUAUUGGUUGGAGUACCAGACUAUGUUAACCCUUGAGUACUUAGUUUGAAUUCGUUUAUAUUUAUGCAUUUCUUUUUCUUUGCUGCUGAGGUACAAUAAAGAAAGAGAAAGCACAAUACUCGCCUCCGUGUCCUUUAUAAAAUCAUGACUUUACGUCAUGAAAUUAGUAAAAUCUGGUAAUUUCACGAAACAUGUUAUCUCAUGAAGUAAAUCUUUUAGAAAUAUAUUUUAAGCUCCUAUUCUGAUGGUUUUUGACUCAAAUUUUUGUAAAAAAGAAAUUCAAUAGUCAAUAUAGUGAAACAUGCUGGAGAUGUUUUACUGAGGUAGGUUCCUUUAUUCAUCAAUGGUGGGAAUGUAAGGAUAUUAAACAGGCAUGGAACACAUAACUUCUCAUCCUUUCAAAAUUAGCAGAAAUGGAAAUCAGAUCAAAUUUACCAUUAGCUUUGUUUCAUAUUGACAUAAAGAUGCUAAAUAAAAUUUUAAGAGACAGCUGUUCACUUUUUACUAUCUUUUAAAUCACAACUGGUAAGGAAGUGGAAAAGUAGUACAAAAAUAAACUUUGCAGAGUUAUUUGAACAAAUGGAAUAUCAAGAGCUAAUGGAGAAAGGUUACUGGCAAAACAAUGAAACACAUUUGGAAAUUCGUUUAAAAAAAAUGGUCGCAAUGGCACAAAAAGAAAGAAAAAAUAUGGAGUGAAAUCAUAUAAACAUCUUUGAGACUAGUAAAGGAUUCAAAAAAUAGAGGAAUCAAUUCUGUAAAUAUUAUUAAGAUUGAUUAUCCACAAAUGGUUAGAUUGAAUAUAAGUGUGGUAUGAAUGUUUAUGUUGUCAUCAACAAAUUAGUUACAGAUAGAGAAGGAAGGGAGAAGAAGAGAUGAGAUAGGAAAGCUAUAAGAAAGAUACAGUUAUAAGUCUUCUCCCUCCUUAAGUUGCUGGUGUAGGUGUUUUUAGAUUUAUUGUUAGAUUUAUAGGUGUAAUAUUAUUAAAGAAAGGUAAAUAAAUAAUUAAUAAAAAUAAAAAUAAUGAUAGAGGUAGCAGAAAUAAAUCAGAGCCUGGUGCUUGGCAUAGUCCAAGAAAAAUGUAAGAUGAUACCUGUGAUGGACCGACUGCACCCCGACCGUGUACCUACAUCAUUCGCUGCUUCCUAGUACUGACGAGUACAAUAAGCACUGUGCUGGAGCACCAUAACCACUUUAAACCCCACAAACCACCACAGCUUGGUUGGGGUCUCGCCGACUCCUACCCACCCUGGUCUUACAGCAAGGCUCCAGGUUACAGUGGGUGAACCUCUCUCGCUCCAGAGAGUCAAGCAGGAACAGCUCUUACAAGAGCUUAGUGAUUAUACUCAGAUCAGAGCAGGGGUUCAAAAGUUUCAUGGAAGUCUCUUUUAGACCGGCUGCAAGCAUGGCUUCAUGCCAUAAACAGUUCCAGGGAAUUAGGGCCAGCGGUCGGUCUCUCUUUGUGGAGUACAAUAGUACAUUACAUGAAUGGAGCCUUUUAAAGUGUUUUGGGCAAGGCAUAUUGCAGGGCCCAUAGUCACCGGGUAGUAGGCAAGCAAACAGGCCCCUCCAAAAACUUGUCGCAAACUCACAGAAAAAGGGGAGUUUGUCACAAUACCCAUCUGAUAUUAAAAAACAAAAUCGAACAAAAAUGAGCUGCAUGGUCGAGAUGCCAGAAAAAAGCCAUGUUACAAUAUCUAUUUUUGUGGCACUCCCUACUAUCUUGCACCUGACCUCUACAAUUUGAUUCAGUACCCAUAUUUGGUACCCAUGAACCUCUAAGACAUAGCCUAGCACGACUGGAGGACCAUGUGAGUCAGAUUCUAACCACUACCCAGUGUUAUUUUGUGUGAUUAUAUACAGUAUAUGCUAUGUUAUUUUUUGUGCUUUUUUGUAGAAUCAAGAAUUUUACAUGCGUUUGUAUACAUUUUUUAUUACAUAAUUUUCUGACACUUGGGUGUUUGUUUGACACUGGUAUAUCUUAUUACAUAGUUACAUAGUUACAUAGUUACAUAGCUGAAAAGAGACUUGUGUCCAUCAAGUUCAGCCUUCCUCACAUUUGUUUUUUUGCUGUUGAUCCAAAAGAAAGCAAAAAAACCCUAGUUUGAAGUACUUCCAAUUUUGCAACAAACUAGGAAAAAAAUUCCUUCUUGACCCCAGAAUGGCAGUCAGAUUUAUCCUUGGAUCAAUCAGCUAUUACCCUACAUUGACAAAUUAAAUUCUUGAAUAUUCUGUUUUUGCAAGUAUACAUCUAGUUGGUAUUUGAACAUUUGUAUGGACUCUGAUAAAACCACUUCUUGAGGCAGAGAAUUCCACAUCCUUAUUGUUCUUACAGUAAAAAAACCUUUUCUUUGCCUUAGACGAAAUCUUCUUUCUUCUAGUCUAAACGCAUUACUUUGUGUCCUAUGUAAAGUCCGGUUUGUGAAUAGAUUUCCACACAGUGGUUUGUAUGGCCCCAAAUAUAUUUGUAUAAUGUAUCCCCUCUCAGGUGAUGUUUUUCUAAACUAAAGAGGUUUAAAUUUGUUAACCUUUGUUUUCCAUUUAACGUUUAGAAUAUGGAAGUACCCGACACACUAUUAUUCUUCUGUUUUGUAAAAAGAGACAAGUAUCCAUGAAGUUCAGCCUUUAUGAUUUUUUAAAUUCUCUUUCAUUCUGACUAGUGUAUCCUGUUUAUGAGUUCUAUUUUCCACAAGGUGUCUGCUUUUCUGGCUCAUCUACCCUACAGUCCAAAAAUACACCUUAUUAUCUAUUUCCUAUCUCUACAGUUAGGGAUCCAACUCUGUCAUCCUCAUGCUCUCCUGAAUACUCUACUGUAUUAGUUCCACUGUAUAUUACUCUAAAUAGAUUUCACUAUUGAAGUAGAAGGUAUAGACUGUAUGCUUCAUUUGUUCCGGUACUGGUAUAUGCAUUGAUGAUGUAUUGAUGUAAAAAAUAUGACAUAAAUAUAGGAUAUAUUUUAUCUGUGCUCCCCUACAGGACUUCUCAACUUUGAUUAUUGCAUUUCUUUCCUCACAGAUAUUCAAACUAAUAAAUUACGUCUUUGCAUAAUGUGAAGGAAUACCCCAUACCUUUCAGCUCCUUUCGUACAACGGACUCGUAUUUAAUUUUGCUUUGUUUAUUUUGUUCGGUUCCCGAACCAAGACCACCACAGAGACCCAUUAGAACUGGGAAUGUUGAGUAUCUUGUACGAAAACUGCAAAGGAAAUAAUUAAUAGAAUGCUCAACUGGGUGGUUGCCAUUUUGUGCAUGCAAACGCACGUGGUUGGGACAAUGGAUGGCAACCAUUUUGUCUCCCGAACGCUGGCAACGGGACUUGGUCGUCGAGUGCCUGGAACUCAUUUCGGCCAGGCACUCCCGUGAACAAUGUUCACCAUAGACCUACUGCCUGUUCCAGUUCCCGUACACUUAUAUAAACAGCGUUCGGGAUUUAAAGACAUGGGGAGCAUUCUACACAAAUCAGCUUUCAUCUACCUUAUGUGGUUUUCAUACAAAAUCCCAAGAACAGAGACCGGUUCUUGCCACCACCUCCCUAGAACUAUUUUUAGCUUCAACCUUGUGGCAGACCGGUCAGAACUUCCAAGCAAUGGCGAUUCAAAACUACUAUAAGAAUCUGGGUGAUUUCUGGAUAUAUUGUUGGGAUGUGACUUUUGUGGGGUUUCCAUGUAUUUUGGGGGUGCGUUUGGGGUGGUUAAGAAAUGUAUGAUUUUUCUGUCCCUGAAAUAUAAUAUAAUUAGCAAUGUAUAUUUGAAUAAUUAUCUCUCAGGCACAGAGGAUCAUGGGAGGGAUUUCCCUGUUUUUUUGCAUUAGAAACCCUGUGUUGGGGCUUUUACAUAAAAACCUGUGUGUGGCUCCAAAUAAAACUUCUCCCAGUAUUAAGCCUUGGCUCAUGCGUGGGGGGUUAUGGGACAUUUGGGAUUUUUUGUGCCCUUUUGAUUGGGAAAUGGGUCUCCGUGGCGGUGAUACUCUGGCUGACCGCUACACAUAAAAAGCAUCCUCAGAUAAUGUUGCCAAAUGUAACUAUUAAAAUGACUCAAUAUGCCAUAAAAACUUGAUUUAGCCAUCAAAAAUUGGUUGAAACCAUAGAGUUGUAUUUGAAAGCCUUGGGACAUCCACAUUAGACAUGUGCACUAGUGAAAUGUUCGUUUCGUACGAAUGAUUUCGUACUAAAUAAAAAUUUCAUUCGUCCAUCCUGAAUUUCGUCCGCAAACGAUUAGUUUUUGAACGAAAUUCGUUAAAAAAUAAUUUGUUUUUGUCCAUUUUGAUGAAAACAGCACUGUGCAUGCGCAAAAAAAGCAAGGAGGAAGUCGGCAGAGCUACCAGCUCCCUUCUUGUAAUAAAUAAAUAUUCCUACCUCCUACUGCAUUAAAACCUAUGGGGGUCCCUAUGACCCCCAUAUUAAUAAAAGGGAGGUUAAAUCAUCCCGCAUGCUUCUACUCAACAUUAGUUUCCCCUUUUAUUUAAUUAGGGUGUCAACCCGCUGCUCAUGGGUGGGGACCAAGGGGGGCAUUAGGUGCCCCCUUUAAUUAUUAGUGUCCCCACCUGCCACUCAUGGGUGGGUCCCCCCCUUAAUUUAUUAGGAUCCCCACCCACCACUCAUGGGUGGGGACAUUAAGUCCCCCCCAUUAUUUAUUUAUUUAGGGUCCCCACCCACCGCUCAUGGGUGGGGACCCGGGGUGGACAAUAGGUCCCCCCUAUUAUUUAUUUAAUUAGGGUCCCCACCCAUCGCUCAUGGGUGGGGACCAGGGGGGAUAUUAGGUCCCCCCAUUAUUUAUUUAUUUAGGGUCCCCACCCACCGCUCAUGGGUGGGGACCAGGGGGGACAAUAGGUCCCUCUGUUUAUUUUAAAAGCCCCCACCAGUGGGUCACGAGUGGGGACACGGGGGGCAGUAGCAAGGGGGGACCUGGCACAGGUUCCCCUUGCUGCAGUAGCGAUUGAGCAGCAAUAGCUAGUACUUUUAAAUUUGUUUAGGGUUUAACCUCCCUUUUAAUAAUAUCAGAGUCAUAGUGACCCCCCAUAGGUUUUAAUGUCCCCCCUUUAAUUAUUAGUGUCCCCACCUGCUGCUCAUAGGUGGGGCCCUGGGGGGGAUAUUAGGUCCCCCCAUUAUUUAUUUAUUUAGGGUCCCCACCCACCGCUCAUGGGUGGGGACCAGGGGGGACAAUAGGUCCCUCCGUUUAUUUUAAAAGCCCCCACCAGUGGGUCACGAGUGGGGACACAGGGGGCAGUAGCAAGGGGGGACCUGGCACAGGUUCCCCUUGCUGCAGUAGCGAUUGAGCAGCAAUAGCUAGUACUUUUAAAUUUGUUUAGGGUUUAACCUCCCUUUUAAUAAUAUCAGAGUCAUAGUGACCCCCCAUAGGUUUUAAUGUGGGGGGGGAAGGAAUAAUUAUUUAGUAGCGCUGCUCCCUCCUUGCCUUUUUUUGCACAUGCGCAGUGUUAUUUCUCCGUGCUGUGUUUAAUUCCCCUACAGAGCCUAUUAAACAAACAAAACAAAAAGGUAAUGCAUUCAAUAUUUGCCCUUUUGUUUUAUUUAUCUUUAGUUUGUAGGGCUUUUGUUUAUCGACGAAAUCGUAUUCGUACGAAAACGAAUGCACAUGUCUAAUUCACAUUGACCUAUUAAAUAACAGAAAGACUCAUUUAUAAUAUUAUACCCUUUAAAAAGCAAGCUAGGGUAUAAUAAAUUGCUAAUUGAAUGGUUCUUAUCUGCCGUCACAUUCUAUGUUUCUAUGUUUCUAUGAAUCAGAACCCAAUAAUAUGAACAAGUCUAUGGUUCUAGGCAGUGUAUUUAGGCUAUAAUCAAAAUAUGCAUCAGUAAGCACAAUUCAGGUUCUAAUUUUUUUUCAGGAGGAUGCUGUUUGCGUAAUUCUCAAAUAUGUGAGUAACUGGAGAAAAAUAUUUCAGUGUCUAAUAAAGUUUCUGCUAUUAUCAGUUGGGCGAGGUUUAAACAAUGUUAAACAGUACAAUUUCUUAAUUUCGUAUGUGUAAGCAACAUUUUACAGAUUAGCUGAUGCAGUAAGAAAUCGUGAUUGGCUUGUGUUCUGUAACUCUCUUCUAGAUAUUUUUAAUCCACCCAUUAAUCCAUCCAUCCACUCACCCACCCAUCCAAUCCAUCACCUCCAUCUAUAAGACAUUCAAUUUUAAGAGUAACUCUUGGCAUUUGUAAGGAGACAGCUAUCCAGCAGAGAUAAAACAAUGGAAAUGUUUAAAAGAAUUUGGUGGACACAUGCUACAGGCAUGUUAUAAGUGUCUUGUCAGAUGACAAAAUGUUCAAUAAUGAACCACACUCAACUAAUGACAACAGGAAAAAUUGGCUCUCUACCCAUCAAUGUGGAUACUAACACAUUUAUUGUAGAAUAUGCCUAGAACUAUGAAGGUUGGUCGUGUUAUUAGACUCAUGCACACCUAUAAACAAACAUACAAACGAAAAUACAUAAUUAUUUUAAAACACAGGUAGGUAAACUAAAAGCCAUUGGUUAGAGGCGUUCUAUCCCCAAUCCGGAUUACAGCGCCAGCAUCUCAAGUAAAUAUUUCUGCUUCCUUACUCCAGGACAAUUGCUUACAUCUUCUGACCAACGCAAGUCCAACAUGUUUUAACUUUGCCCAUAGUCUAACCCCAGUGUGAAUAUAUGUAUACAAUGUAUAACCUGUAUCAGGUUAUGUGAAUAUUACCACCCAGUUAAUGCAAUGCCUUCUAUAAAUGACUAUCUAUUGACACAAUCUGUUUGUAUAAACACCUGUUUUUUGCCAAAGUUUGGAAUUUAUUUCACAUCUGCUGCAUUAAUAUUUUAUGUACGGCUGUUACAUUACAUUGCUCCUUUUUGUCUGAGAUAUAUUUACAGGCACGCAGUUUAAUUCAAAUCCCCAGUAAAGGGUUAAAUAGGAAAUUAUGAAUACACAAUUUUAAUAGGGAUUGUUCUCAGAGACAACACAAUGUCUGGAUAUAUUUUCCAGGGAGGGGUGUCUCUAAAAACCUAUUUUUUUUUUACCUUGUUAAGUGUAUGGGAAUGUCAAAUGCAUAGCCAGGGGACAGGAACCUCCCUGAGUCAAUGUGAAUCAGACCUUUUGUAUUAGAAACCAACUCAGCACAGACACACAACACCACCUCUCGGAUGAGAAAAAGCACUUUUGGGUUAUCUUCCCAAACCAAUGACGUGAUUAUAAACCCUGAUGCUUUCAAAAAAGUUGGCAUGCAAACCAAAGCUGAUGACUCUACGAAGGGACCUGUCUUUCAUGCAAACUUACACCCACUUCCCAAAGUAUAAAAUCUAGGCAGAGUGGUUUGGAUUCCUCAUAUUCACACCUAACAUCCUUUCCGGUGACAUUCAGAUUAAGGCUCUGUAAUUACAGCACACCAUGUCCUCCUAUAGUAUCAGACAAACUUCCACUUCUUCAGGAACCAAAGGUGGCUUGGGUUUCUGUGACUAUGGUGGUGGUUCCAGUAGGCUAUCUGUAGGUGGCUAUCGGACCCCUAGCAUCCAUGGGGGUAGUGGUGGUAAAAAUGUUUCUAUCUCCACCUCAAGAGUUGUCUCAUCUGGGAUUGGUAGUGGCCUUUGUGGUGGCUUUAGUGGUGGCUUUGGUGGUGGCAUAGGUGGCAGCUAUGUGUCUAGCUUUGGUGGAGCGCAUGGUUCUGGAUAUGGCUUUGGAGGGGGAGCUGGUGGAGAUGGCCUUCUGUCAGGAGGUGAGAAGGAAACCAUGCAGAAUCUGAAUGACCGUCUGGCCUCAUACCUGGACAAGGUGCGAUCGCUGGAGAAAGCUAAUUCUCUGCUGGAGAUUCAGAUUCGUGAAUGGUACGAGAAGCAGAGACCCUGUAUAUCCAAUGACUACAGUAACUACUACAAGAUAAUUGAAGACCUCCGCAACAAGGUAGCAAACAUUUCUCUACUUCCAGUGAACACAUCAGUGUAUCGUUACUUUUUAAUAUUUCUGUCUAGUUCACCAUUAAUCCAUAUGUUGAUACAACAUAUUUGAAUAGAUGAUUCCAUGUACUACUCCAUAUUUUAUCCGAAGAUUGUAUAGCAUGAUAAUAUAGGUUAUAUAUAACAUCUUUUAUCUGUUCUUUUCAUAGACCUCUACUCAAUGGUAUGGUGUUUUAAACAGUUACAUUUUUGCAAAUCAGUUACAUUUCACAAUAUAAUAUAUAUUUUAAUUAUUUUUAAACCAAGUCGUUAUAUGUUACUAUAUUGAUAUGGAGAUAAUAGAUAAUAAUAGCCUUAAUUGAUCAACCUUAAAUAUAUAUUCACUAACAUGACAUGGACUCAAUUACAUGUGAAGCUGGAUCUAAGCCUCCUUUAGCAACAUAAUCACUAAUGGUAACUGCAAACCUGCUCCCAGCAUAACACUUUAAAACAAUCACUGUCGCCCCAAACAAAAAGCAAAAUAGAAUACUACUAUUCAUUACAUGCUUUUGUCCCCUGUAUUAAUGAAUAACUUCUAUCAUUUAGAAAAACAGGUUGUUGGGCAGUCAUGCAAAAUUCCAUUAAAAGUAGGUUGACACCCUAUUCUGAACAUGGAUAUUCGUCUGUGUAGUCCGAUGAACUAAUUCAAGGUCUUUGUGGGAACAUCCUAGGAGCUCUUCCACUUCCAGGGCCAGUGAAAUACUCCAGAAAUUCAGGAGAACUCUUACGCAAUGCUGGUCCUUCCUUAGCCUUCUAUGAGAAAGUUAGUGAACACGAACAUUAGCACGUGUUAGCAUCAAGAACAAACAUGCCUGUAAUUCUUUUCCUUUUUAAAGUCAAGAAGAAGGAAAAGAAUACGCACAUGAGAACAAUUGCCCAAUUUGGAACCAUGAGUUUUCUCCCAUCCCUACUUGAUUAAACAUUAUUAGCACUUUUAUUACAAUAAAUACUUGUUUUUAAUCACUUUUAGAAGUUUGUUAAGAAAAUUGAAAGCUACUGUGUAGUAUAAUCUCAUGAAUUAGUAAUUUACUUAGCAAUUUUUUGUUGUAACGUGUAUUUUCCGUUACCAAUGGGGGACAAUCUAUGGGGAAUGACAAAUGUAAAAAAAUACUACAAAAUGUUUGACUUAUUUAGUAACUUUCUUUCACUCUUUCUCCAUCUCUUAGAUCCAGAAUGCUAACUUGGACAAAGCAAGCACCAUUCUGCAGAUUGACAAUGCCAGGUUGGCAGCUGACGAUUUCAGAACUAAGUAAGUUUUGCGUGAAUUUGGCUCUUAAAUUGUUGCAUAGUGGCCAACGAUAUGACCUAAAUUCUUUCAGACUUCCCCUUUAAUCAAUGUUUUUUAUCUGACCAACAUAUAAAGACACAUAAAGUAAAUCUUAAUCUUACACUUUUAUGAUUUGGUGGAUGAAAGCUGUGAAUUUUCCAUAUUAUAGCCAGGGUCAUUAAGCUCAUUUUAUCCCAGCAUUCAAUGGCCCUCCUCAAAUAGCCUGCAUGCAAAGCCCAAUAGAUUGAGCACAAACAAAGAUUGUGAUCGAGAAAUACAUGACAGUAUUUUAGUAUCACCUGUGGCCAAAUAUGGAGCAGCAGUUAAAAUAAAGUAAAAAAAUACUUAGUAUUACUGGCUGCUAAUAUUUAAGACAUUUCAGGGACCACAAGAAGUUCAGUUACAUACAUAUUUAUGUGAAUUGAUGGUCCAAGAUUUUAAGAGUGCUCUUUUGACCCUUUUUCUAACAAGGUAUGAGAAUGAGCUGGCCCUUCGCACGAGUGUUGAGAGUGACAUCAACGGGUUGCGCAGAGUUCUGGAUGAGCUGACACUAACUAGGUCUGACCUUGAGAUCCAGAUUGAGAACCUGAAGGAGGAGCUGGCUUACCUGAAGAAGAACCAUGAGGAGGUAGUGUAAAAUUUGUGAAUAUUCAGACUGGCGAAAACACUUGAAGUUCUAUCACUAGGUUAUAGAAUUUACAAUGACAUAGACAAUGAUCUUUGACGAAGAUGCACUCAUAAACAAUUGUUUAUUUUUACACAGGAAAUGAAGGCGUUCCGUGGACAAGUUGGUGGUCAAGUGAAUGUAGAAAUGGAUGCUUCCCCUUCUGUGGACCUUACUAAGAUUCUGUCUGAAAUGAGGGAUCAGUAUGAAGUCAUGGCUGACAAGAACCGCAGAGAAGUUGAAGCCUGGUACUUACAGAGAGUGAGUUAGUUUGAAUUAAUCUUUUUCAUAACAUUUCUAAGAAUAAUUUUAAACAAGGUGCUUAAUGCUCAUUUUCCUUCUACAGACAGAAGAACUAAGCAAAGAAGUUGCCAGCCAUAGUCAACAGAUCCAGUCCAGCAACACGGAAAUCACAGACCUAAAACGCACAUUCCAAGGCUUAGAGAUUGAGCUGCAGACACAACUAAGCCUGGUAAGAUAUAGGAUCUGACUCAAUUACACUGCCAUGAUGACACCGAAAUACUAUGCGCCAUAUAUUGAAUAUUUCUGGAAAUUUGGUUACACAAGUUUCAAUGUCCCAUGUGAACCGUCUCUUCAAGACGAAAUCAUAUCUUGCAUAUAUAAGUUUACAAAUGUCGCCAUUAGAAAACAAAGUUUAAAAGGUCCUUGAUAAAUAGGGUCACCCAGUAAUGACAUUGGAGUAAUAUGACCCGAUCUCUUUAGACUGUCACAAAAAUAGGACACACCACCCCAUUUUAAUUGUGAGCUUAGUUUGGGCAGGGCCCUCUUUACCUACUGUUCCCGUACGUCAUACAUGUUUUGUUAGAAUUUAAUGUGUUUUCUAGUGUACAGUGGUGCGUAAUUUGUUGGCGCUAUAUAAAUAAUUGUAACUGUGACUGGAAUUUAUUGGAUGCACUAUUUAAUUCCUAAUAUUCUCUUUUUUUCCCAAUAUAGAAAGCUGCUCUAGAAGGCACAUUAGCAGAGACAGAAGGUCGGUACUGCACACAACUUUCACAGUUACAAUGCCUCAUCAGUGAUGUUGAGGCUCAGCUUUCAGAGCUCAGAUCAGAUAUGGAACGCCAGAGUUAUGAAUAUAAAAUCCUCAUGGAUGUGAAGACCCGGUUAGAACAAGAAAUUGCAACCUACAGACGUCUCCUAGAGGGAGAAGAGUAAGUGAAAAUAUAGGCACAAUAACGAGAAAGUAUUGACUACAAUAGAAUUAAAAAAAAAAAAUAUAUAUAUAUAUAUAUAUAUAUAUAUAUAUAUAUAUAUAUAUAUAUAUAGUUGUUUGGUUUUGCAGGUUGUGGAAAUUUGCCAUCAACAAAUAUAUCAAAAUUAAGUUUAGUAAAUAAUUUUUUGAACUUUAAAAACACCAGUGAUGUGUUCCAUUCAGAAUGUUAAGAAUGUCCAUAUAUGUACUUAUUUAAAUUAGUUUAUCAACCUAUACUAUAAUAAAUUGUCUAUAAAUCAUACAGAGACAGAUUAAGGUCCUACAACAUCCAAGAAAAAUUUCCAUUUUGUCUCUCCACCUUCAUUUUGUUGAAAUACAUCUCAAAUUAAACAUUUUAUAAUUUAAUAUAAGUCAAAUCAUAUAGGUGUAAAAUAAAUAUCUUACUUUAAAGCAGAUACAGAAAUCAAUAUAGUGAGACCGAUAUAUAUAGCGAUCUAAAUAGAGAAAUAGUCAGAUAAGGAUAUGUUAAGUUUAUUAUAGAUACCUUGAUCAAGUUUCAAAUAUCAAAUGUAAUUUACAAUUCUCUUUUUAUUUUUCCAAUAGCAUAUGUUACAAAGACGGUAAGCCUCCUCCUAUUUUUUUUUUUGUAAUUUUAUUAAAAAUUGCUGAAAAUUCCAUUUCAUAUUAUGUGUAAAUGCACAAGUUAAAAUAUGUCUAUUAUUUAUUACAAGACAUUUUUUCUCAAUAGGUAUUAUGUAUUUAUAUUUCAAAUGACGUAUACACUAUAUAUUAUCUCUACAAUAUCAUUAAAAUUAGAUUUUUAUUUCAUGAAUAUUGAGUGCUAUAUAUUUACAAUACAUUUACUGUUGAUAAUGUGUUACUGUUACAUUGAUUUGUUCGUGUACCAUAUGUCUAACAGAUUUAUUUUCUAUUUUAGCUUCUCAAACCACACGCCAAAUUCGCACCAUAAUAGAGGACACCGUCGAUGGAAAAGUUGUCUCAAGCAAAGAAAAAGUUCAUAAGGCAAACUACUAAACUGAAAAAUGGCUAAGAAGUCAGAACCUAGAAAACGCUAUAUUUUCCACACAUAAAAUGUUCUACAAAAUCGACAACAACAAUCGUCAAAAAAUAUGAUACAGUAUUACAAAACAAAAUCAAGAUUUAUCUACGACAUGUUGUUUUGGGUUCUAUUCAUUAGUCAUUGCUGUCAGGUUACUGUCUAUCUGGUCUUGACCUGAUAGUACGUUUUUUUUUAAUUACUAUACACGUUGUUUCUAUAUGUAUCUCUUUCUAAUAAAGUUUUCUGCUUUUUUCAUGCAUUCCUGACUACUACGGUGUCUUUUUUUUAAUGUUAUAAUAAUAAUUUUUAUAAUUUUACUUUAACUAUUUUUUAAUAUAUAUAAUGUGAGGUAGAGGCAAAAAAUGCCUACAAAAUUCAAAAUAUAAACAAAGAACAAGUUAGACCUGUGCUGCAGAUACUCCACACUGAAGUCCCAACAGUGUAUAUACAACCAAAAAACAAACACGAGUCCUGCGCAUCCAGAAUAGGUGUGCACACCCAGGUGCUACCACGAUUUAUUUGAGGAUGUUGUGGAAAUCCGAUACUGACAUAAUUUUUAGUUAGUAAAAUGUCUAUUUACUCAUCUAACCGAAAUCAGUGCAUAAGCUAUUAACAUGUGAUUAGACAAAAUGGCCACUAGAAGCUUCCAACCCCUCCCUCUCUCUAACACUGACUAACUACCUCGUGUAACAAGAUGGCACUGGAAUCUGGGGGAGACCCUCAUGGUCCCAGUGACAUCACCUUUAGUAGGCAGAGCAUUAAGGGAACCACUUAACACCUAACCAAUUAAUAAAGCAUUAUUUCAUGUUAUCUCUGACAAUGCUUAUGAUGUAAUUUUGCUUUAAAAGGGACCUGCCGUCCGCUCUGAAUAAACAAUCCCCAAGUUCUUCAUCAUGAAACUUGUGUCUGGUGUGAAUUACUUUAGGGAGCGUGCACGCAUUGAUUCUUAAUUUGGCCAGGGGCAUAUACACAAAAAUAAUCAAUUUAUUGAUUGAUUUCCACUUCAAUUGGCGCCCAAUGUGGGGCACUGGAUUUGCCGGUUCGGAGGGCCGGAAACCAAUGGACCGGAGUGGACCUCCGGAAAGUGGGAAACCCGGAGCCUGAUCACCUCCAAAAUAGAGCCGUUGCCUGUAUACUCCUGUUUUGUGUUGGUCUGCCUCCGCGUCCACUUCCGGCUUCCAGAAGGUUACAAGACAGGUAAUAUCUUAUCCAGUGCCUCUUUAAAAUGAACCUGUCGAUUGUCUAUCUACCUCCUGUGAAUUUGUAUGAAUGUGUGCGACGGCCGGUGUAUGUGUCUUCAUGUAGAUUUUAGCUGGACUGCCUAGCAGUCAGGGAAUAUAAGCAGCUGGUGAGGGGCUGGGGACCACCCGAGUAAGAGGGUUGGGGUUUUGUUAGCAGUGCUGGGUACUACCCGUGUGAUAGGGUAGGGAUACUGUAGACAGCCGGUAAGGGGCUGGGGACCACCCGAGUGAUAGGGUUGGGGUAUUGCAGACAGCCGGAGAAGGUCUGGGAACCACCCAGGUAACUGGGUUGGGGUAUCAUUUAACGGCCGGUGAAAUAUUGUGGAACACCUGUAGUAGGUGGGACUUUACUGUACUGGAUUGCAGCCUGGAGAGGGAGGCUGGGAUUGUUGAUAUUUGAUUUUCAUUGUUUUGUUUUAAUAUGUACAUGGCCAUAUUGCUCUCUGUCAUUUUGUGGAUUUUGUUCAAUUGUUGUUACAGUGUGGGUUCCCUCAGUGUGUGUGUGUGUGUUGUGUGGAGCGUACACUCAUUUAUACAUGUGUGAUUUUUGUAAAUGCCUUUUGCUUAGUGUUGCCACCUUCAUCUUUUCCUUUGUCCUCUAUCUGUCCUGUGUUUGCUGCCCAGAGCUGUGUAAGUCACCCACGCUCGCCCGCUCCGGUCCGUGGCCACCAUCUCGGGUGCACGGACCACCGUGACUGGUCUACGUUUAGGGAAGACGCACGAGGCCCCAACCCUCGUGGCAGUCGAGCACUGUAGACCUUCCAUCUUUAUCUUCCCACUUUCCCUGUCUCCAUCACGUGGCAUCCCUUGUUUGGUUAAAAAAAAACAACAAAUGGGGCAAGAACAUGCUAGACCAGCUAAGGGGUAUUUGGCUUGUGAUAUUGUGAAAGAAAGGGCAGGGGAGGAAGCAAUGCUAAAGAUUAAAAAAAUUGCUAAGAUCUGUGGCUUUCAAAUGUCACCUAGCGGUAGGUUACAACCUGAGUUUUGGAGGAAGUUACUUGUGAACAAAGAAGGGUUGUUGUUAGACAGGCGUGGUAUCGGGUUGCUAGAGGUCUUAAGCGGGAGGGUUGGACAGAAGAGGAACUAGAUUUUGAGGGGCAAACGAUUUAUAUGAACCACCAAAAUGUUUGUAAUGAUGAUGUUCCCUCUACAAACCCCCAACCACCGCCCUAUGAUGGCGCCCAGAUCGUGUUGAGCAGCUCCCACCCAGCGUCCCUUGUUAACGCCCAGACGCCACCCUCCGGUGGCUUAGGACAAUGUCCCGUGCUCGGAGCUGACGGAGCCACGAUUCCCACCUGUUCCCAUUGUUCCCCCUUCAGUCCCUCCCAUCACCAGUUCCGAUCCUCCCCCGUUGACUCCAACGCCCGUCACGUCUGCUACGCCCUCUGACCCCGUCACUACUACCGUGCUGUCCAAUCCUUCUGUCUGCCCCAAUACCAACACUUCCGGUUCCCCUGCAAGCCUAGUAUCCUCUCUUCUCUCAGUUCUUGCUGCCGCUCUUGAGCCUUCCCGUCCUUCUGUCCCACCUCUCAUGCCUCCCGACACUCCCACCGCCUCCGAUCCUCCUCCUCCUUUCCCCUCAUCUCUUCCUGCCGAGUUGUCUCCCCUCUUCUCCGCCCUCUCAGCUCUAACCCGCACAGCUCCUUCUUUCACAUCCCUAGAUCCUCCUCCUCCUCCAACCUCUAUCGACCUGUCUGCCCUCUCAGCUCUGUCCCAUCCCACGGUCCCUCCCCCUAUUCCUUCUGGUUCAUCCUCUCUCAUCCUGUCACGUACUACCCAGCCAGGUCCUGUCUCUGUCCCGUGUGCUUCUGAACCAAGCCCCAGUUACCCGCUCAUGGUAGUUGGCUCUGAUAAACCAGCCACAUCGGCCCAGCCCUAUGCCAUGGGUGUUUCCCCAGCGGCAUCGGGUUACCAUCCCACCUCGUCACACCUGGGCAGCCCCCAUAACGCUGCACCCGCUCCACCGACCCAAACACCUGCCACCCCGGCCGCUCCAGGCCCAGUCUCUCUGGGCGCUGCCUCCUAUCAGGAGUGAGCAUGGCCCACUUCGCCCACUGGGUAAUAGGUCCUCACAGAGACAUACCGCUACCGGAGUACAUCCGGUCCCAUAUAUGUUACGUUCAACCCUUCACAAGCCGCCACCCUCGUUACCUCACUCCCUGAUCCUGAGAAACAGCCCAUGCCCUUCUACCGUAGAAUGGCCCAGAUACGUAAAACAUACUCCGCUGCCUGGCGGGAUCUCUACAGUCUAUGUGAGAUCAAAGCAGGUGAUGCUUACUGGCCUAUUAUGGCAAGGAGUUUCACUGAUGCUCCACUCACCACUGAUACAGACUUCCAGUCUGGCAUUACUUUCUGCGAACAACUUCGUGCAUGGGCACAAGAUAAAUUGGCAGACCAAGCUACGUGUAUCAAUGAUAUUGUUCAGGACAAACUUGAGUCUGUUGAGAAAUACCAUUCACGUCUAACUUAGACUUUCUCUGAUCUAGGGUUUAGUACUUACAAUAAAGCACAUACUCAGAUGUUGUCAGCUGCCUUUGUAGCUGGGUUAAAGGAGCCUAUCCGUAAGGGGUUAAUCCUCUCCCGACCUGAGUACCGGAUCAUUCCUUUGGACACUCUCUUGUUGGUAGCUAAGGGAUUAGAGUCAGUGACCCAACACCUACAGAGGAGAGCAAACGCACUGAUGUUUAGUGCCCCCGCUGCUGUCAUUGGGCCUUUCCAGGCUACCCCCGGCUAUAGUGUACCACAAGUUCCUUUGACUCCUACCAGAGAUAGGCCCUCAGCUGUCAGGACCUGAUAUAAUUGCCUCCAGACUGGCCACUUUCGCAGGGAUUGUCCACUUCCCAGAGCAUAUAGACCACUGCCUCCUCGUUACUCUAAUUCCUCACCCAGUACCAAUGGCUAUUUCCCCCCAGGGUAUUUCCCACCUCCUCCGCCUCUUCCACUAGUAGCAUUUUUCCCACCACCAGCAUAUUCUCAGGCUCCGCCACCACCACCCCUGACACCCGUGCUUUCCCACCAGCUCCUGCUGAUGGGACAGAGGAGGAUCGCCCUGGGGCUCGGUUAACCCACAAUCCUCGGUCUGCUCCCCCGACUGGUCUUCCAUCCACCUCCGCACGCCGCUACACUGGCCCUGAUCAAGCCCAUUUAGAUCUGUUACAAUAGGUAACCGGCAAGCCUGUGUCUGACACCCCUGCCAUGGCAGUGUCUACAGGGGAUGGGGGAGGGCCACUAGCCACAGUAGUUUUACCCGUUGAGGGCCACCCCACUACUUUCCUAGUUGACACAGGUGCAGCCUGCAGUGUUCUUAGAGAACAAGACCUGCCUGACCCAUCCUUCCUGUCAGACACUGAUGUCUCUUGUGUUGGUAUUGAUGGUACCCCCCGCAGUAAUCCACUCACUAAACUCCUCCAUGUGGGUUCUGAUAUCCUUUCCCGGUUUGUUGUCUCCUCCACAUGUCCCAUUAACCUCUUGGGUGCUGAUGUCCUGUCCCGCCUCCAAGCAUCCAUCACCUUCACUGCAGAUGGCCAGGUUCUAUUAAAUACACCUUUGUCACGCAAAGACACUUCAGUCCUUUGUUCCCUUCCUAUAUUGCUACAUCUCACCUCUCCCAUAGGGGAAUCGAGGGUCCCCCAUGCCCCCAGUGCUCUGGACAAAAUCCCUGCAAAGCUCUGGUCUACAGGCCUUUACUCAUGGAGGCCAGCAAUAUACAUGGACUGUCAUGCCUCAGGGUGCUCAAAAUUCCCCCACUCAGUUUGCACGGGCCAUGUCAAUGGUCCUUGAACCCUGGCAAAGGACUCACACAGACGUUGUCUUGCUUCAGUAUGUUGAUGACUUACUCUUCUGCGCUGCUGAUCUUCACACUGCUGAACGUGUUUCUGAGGACCUGCUAUGCUUCCUAGCCGAAGAAGGCUGCAAGGUCUCUAAGUCAAAACUCUAGUGGUGCCGGGCCUCUGUGGUCUUCUUGGGACAUUGCCUUUCCCAUGGCACCGCCACCUUACCAAGAACAGGAUCCUAGCCAUCUUGAAUCUACCAACACCUUCAGCUCAUCAGUCUCUCCAUGCCUUCUUAGGCCUCAUCACGUAUUGCAGAUCUUGGAUUCCCGAAACCUCUCAACUGAUGCAACCACUAUAUGAUGCUCUAAAAAGCAAACCUUUUUCACUUUCACCUCAUGCCCUUGCCUGCUUCACUGCCCUGAAAAAAACAAUCGCCUCUGCCCCUGCCUUGGGCCUACCUAAUUACCAGUUGCCCUUCAAGUUGGUUGUCUCUGAGAAGUUGGGCCAUGCCUCUGGGGUCCUUACUCAAGCACAUGGAUCCAGACAAAGACCCAUUGGCUAUUUUUCCUGCAUGCUUGACCCCGUUGCCAGAGGCAGUCCUUCCUGCCUACAGGCAGUGUUUGCUGCUAGUGCCUUGUUGGACAAGACCAAUGACUUUGUCCUUGGUCAUUCUCUGACCGUCCUGGCUCCACAUGAUAUUUCAGCAAUCUUGCAACAAGUCCAACCAAAGCACCUCUCUUCACAAUGACACUUACGCCUGCAAACUUUAGUUGUUACUGCCUGACAAUGUCACCUUUCAACGCUGCUACUCUCUGAACCCAGCCACUCUUCUGCCACUUCCCAAGGGGGGAGUGGCACAUUACUGGUACAGUUUGGAUAUCAACCCAGAUGCUCGGAUGGAAUUCCAACUACCCACUCAUGCAGCUUUUCAUGAUGUGCAACCAGAGAACCUGUUACAUUGUACCCUGUGGUUUAAAGACACCCCAGGCCCUGAUGCGGAUUAUGAAGAAGAACUGUUCCACCUUGUGGAAAUUCACAUCACAUUGACCGACUUACUAUGGGACUCCAGAGGCAACAUGGUCCUGCUGGUGCACCUCCCAACAGAAGUAUAUCAUCUCUACCGCCACUGGGAGACGGCUGUCCCACAUAUAUCCUUCACCAAGUCUCCUGAUCUCUCAUGGAAAGAUCUAGGCCCAAUGGCCAAGUCCUGGAGUACAACAACUCAAAAACAACUUGAAGUAAUGGGAGUAACCAAGAAGAUUAUCAACUGCAGUACAGUUGGCUAUCCACGAUACCAUACAGAGAUAUGUGAAGACCUCCCACCUAUAGAACAAGAUUCAGAAGGCCCCCAUGAUUGCUUUGAACAAAUGAAGAUGGAAACCACCCACCUACCAACUGUACAUGAAACUGCCCUACCUAAUCCAGAUCGGAUAUUUUUUGUGGAUGGUUCCAGAUUUGCUGAUGAACAAGGGCAAUAUCACACUGGAUAUGCAGUUACUACAGAAUGCCAGAUACUACAAGCAACUGUACUUCCACCAACGAAAUCAGCCCAAGAAGCCAAGCUGACAGCCCUUACAGUGGCCUGCAAACUGUCUGAAGGUUUACAUGUCAACAUUUAUACAGAUUCAAGAUAUGCCCUGGGGGUGGCACAUGAUUUUGGCCUAAUUUGGAAAACCAGGGGGUUCCUUACAGCCGCCGGUACCCCAGUGAAGCAUGGGGCAGCCAUUGAAGAACUGAUGGAUGCCUUGAUACUGCCAGCAGAGGUGGCAGUACUAAAGGUAAAAGCCCACAGGAGGUUGAAUUCAGAGGAAGCACGAGGCAACCAUUUAGCUGAUGAAGCUGCCAAGGAAGCAGCACGACAAGGGUGGAAAGUGGACAGAAGAGUGGCCACCGAGACAACUCCCAUCUAUACCAUGCAAACCUUACCUACAGAUCUCAGACUUUUAAAGGAAUAACAAGCUGCUGCAACCCCUCAAGAGAAACAAAGUUGGAAGAACAGAGUGGCAAUUCUCCGAGAUGAUGUCUAUACCAUCAAUCUUAGGUUCUGCUUACAAUCUUUCAACAUUGAAGUUGCUGUUUAGUGGAUAGGUGAGUGCGCUGGAUCUUGUGUAUUGUAUUAUUUGGCCCCCAGCAGCACCCCCAUUUAUGCAUGUUCAGGUGAGUGCAGCCAACCCCCUCUUGUUUUACCCAAGAAUAUGUAUCCAGCUGUUGUCCAAUGGGCCCAUGGGCCAGCCCAUCUGUCAAAACAUCUGAUGAAUGCCCUAAUUGAUAAAUACUUUGAAGCACCAGGCAUUACUACUCUGACACAGAACUAUUGUAGGUCCUGUACAAUUUGUGCUAAAUGCAACCCCGGGAAGAUUGUUAAAGCUGCACCCAACCACCUGGCCAAACCACAAUAUCCCUUCCAGAGGAUACAGAUUGACCAUAUCCAGAUGCCAAAGAGUGGGCACUAUAAAUAUGCAUUAGUCAUAGUGGACAUGUUCUCAGGAUGGCCAGAAGCCUUCCCAGUGGCCAAUCUCACUGCAAGGACCACGGUUAAACAUCUGACAGAAAUUGUCUGCCGGUAGGGAUUUCCAGAAGUGAUUGAGAGUGAUCAAGGAACUUCCUUUACCGCCUCAUUGACACAGGAAGUCUGGACAGCACUGGGGGUGACCCUUGCCUUCCACACACCAUAUCACCCACAGAGUAGUGGUAAGGUAGAACGCAUGAAUGGCACAUUGAAAGCCAGAAUGCUCAAAAUGUCCCAAGAAACUAAUAUGCCCUGGCCCGAGAGUCUCCCAUUAGCACUGUUCAGUAUACGAUACACUCCUAGGGGAAAAUACAGUUUAUCUCCUUAAGAGAUUUUGUUCGGUACAGCACCAAGGUUAGGUUGUUAUAUCCCUCAACCUGCUCUCUCUCAUGCCUUGACCAAAAUCCAUGCCUAAGUGUUUUCUUCUAUUCCAGAUCCUGAGUCGAAUACAGGUACCCACAAGUUGCUUCCAGGUGACUGGGUUAUGGUCAAGAAAUUCCUCAGGAAACAUACUCUUGAGCCAAGAUUUGCUGGUCCCUACCAAGUGCUGCUAAUCACGGCUACCUCAGUAAAGUUGGCCGGAAAAAGUUCCUGGAUACAUGCCUCACAUUGCAAGAAAGUGCCUGCUCCAGAGGAAGCUAUCCCUGCCGAAUCACGAGUUUUCUGUGCUUCCCAUGUUUUCUUUUGCUGCUAAACUUUACAAAGGCCCAACAAGUAGCUAUAACCAAAGAUAACCAUGUUUACACCUUUUGGUACAAUUCUUCAAACACAGACGUAGCUACAUUUACCUUUGAUUACUGUGAUAUUGUUGCUUGUACUUUUCCACAAACACAACACGCUGCUAUAUAUAAGGACAUACCUGACAAGAAAGAUCCAUACAUUUGUGUGACAGGAGGGCACUGGGGACAUCAUUGUAGUUCUUGGAAGGCGGCUGGGUGGAAUACUGGUAGACCAUGGGGAUACAAACCCCAAUGUGCCCUAGAUAGAGUUGACAAAAAUGGGAAACCCCUACUCUCCAGGAUGACCUUAAGUAAACCUAUUGGGUCAACCCCAAUCAAACUCACCUUAAACAUAGAACACCCCAGUUCGGCAGGGGAAUAUGUAAUGGGUAUGUACUGGAAGGGUGGUGGCUCACAUAACAAGUUGGGGACAUUCUUUCUGCAAGACAUGCUCACCUCACCGGACCGGGUAGGUACAACUCACAUGACUAUCAACCCACUUAAACCUCAUAUUAAGACUUUACAUGACAUGGUUGCCAUUGCUAAUCCUACUUUCGAAGACACCAUGGCAGUACAAACUGGGUUCUCAGACACUAACUUGUGGUUGGAGUGGAUGAGGUAUAAUGCUAACUCUCACAACAAGACCAACUGUUAUGUAUGUGGAGGAGCUAGGCCCCACCUGGGUACAGUGCCCCUUAAUUUACCCCCCGAUGUUGAAUUGUGUGUGCUGAGUCUCUAUGCACAGUCAACCACUAACUCCUCGACCUGUGAAUCAUGGAAAAAGGUAUAUCCAGUCACCCAGGGACACAUUAGACCACCCGAUGGAGUUACAGUAUACCCAGGUAAUUACACAUGUUAUACAAUACCAAAAAACACUGGUAAGUUCAUGGGUAAAUUCCCAUCUGGCUAUUGCUCCACCUACCAUGAUCCACCUAUGACACUAUUAAUGAACCAUGUGAAAACAGUCUGAGACAUUUAUUGGCUGUGUGGAGAUAAGCAAUUGAGAUUCCAACUAACAGGGCUAUGGUGGGGAGAAUGUACUCUGACUAAAGCCAUAAUGCCCAUCCAUAUUAUUCCGGAUGGUCACCAAAAUGUGUUUGAUCCUACACACACACACCCCAGAGCCAAAAGGGAAGUCCCCAUCCGUGGUAGUUUUGAUCCACAUGUUUAUAUUGAUGCCAUUGGAGUGCCAAGGGGGGUGCCCAACAAAUGUAAAGCUAGGGAUGAGGUUGCCGUCGGAUUAGAGUCCCUGAUUCCAUUGAUCACUGUCAAUAAGAAUGUUAAUUGGAUUAAUUAUAUCUAUUACAACCAACAGCGGUUUGUUAAUUAUACUAGAGAUGCCCUACAGGGCCUAGCAGAACAACUGCAAGCUACCACUCAAAUGACAUUUCAAAAUAGAAUGGCUCUGGAUAUGAUUUUAGCUGAAAAGGGGGGCGUAUGUAAAAUCCUCCCCAAAACCAUGACAUGUUGUACUUUCAUUCCAGACAACACUGAGCUCAAUGGUAAAGUAACUAUGGCAAAAGAGAAAUUAGACAGCCUCUCAGAUGAAUUACAGAAGAAUUUAGGGGCCACUAAUGUAUGGGACAGAUGGUUUGGAUGGAUGAAUGAUUGGCAGAGAACCCUGCUCCAAGUAGGGACAGCAGUCCUUACAAUGAUCAUUCUCUUCAUGUUCUUAACUUGCUGUGUACUCCCUUGCAUACAAAAAACUUACAGAAGACAGUAGGACAGACUAUAGACCACAUGACUCCUACUUUCUUACACCAAGACGUUACUGACCUAGAAUGUGACACACCACAUACACCCCUCCAAUCCCACCAAUUCAAACAGACAACUGCAUUUUUAUAGGGAUAGCAUAGGGAUAGCGUCUGUCUCUACGGGCAAGAGUCUCAAGUGUGGAGAUGUAGUGGACUAGCCGCUGCGGGAUACCCACGGAGUGAAGUGUUCGAGGCUCGUUAAGGCAGAUGAGCUGCAGGCAGCUAGGGACAUAUUAAGGACAGUAGUAGUUGUCUUUGGUAAAUAGCCAUUUUAAGGGGGGACUGUUGUGGAAAUGAGAUACUGACAUAAUUUUUAGUUAGUAAAAUGUCUAUUUACUCAUCUAGCUGAAAUCAAUGCAUAAGCUAUUAACAUGUGAUUAGACAAAAUGGCCACUAGAAGCUUCCAACCCCUCCCUCCCUCUAACACCGACUAACUACCUCGUGUAACAAGAUGACACUGGAAUCUGGGGGAGACCCUCAUGGUCCCAGUGACAUCACCUUUAGUAGGCAGAGCAUUAAGGGAACCACUUAACAUCUAACCAAUUAAUAAAGCAUUAUUUCAUGUUAUCUCUGACAAUGCUUAUGAUGUAAUUUUGCUUUAAAAGGGACCUGCUGUCCCCUCUGAAUAAACAAUCCCCAAGUUCUUCAUCAACCUGAAACUUGUGUCUGGUGUGAAUUACUUCAGGGAGCGUGCACACACUGUUUCUUAAUUUGGCCCGGGGCAGAUACACAAAAAUAAUCAAUUUAGUGAUUGAUUUCAACUUCAGAGGACAAAGUUAAAACAGUAGACGUUUCGAGCAGCAGCCCUUUCUCAAACGUUUGCUGUUUUAACUUUGUCCUCAAAUAAAUUGUGGUAGCACCUGGGUGUGCACACCUAUACUGGAUGCGCAGGACUUGUGUUUGUUUUUUGGGACUAUUUUUUAAUAUUAUUAUUAGUGAUGUCCCGAACGGUUCGCUGGCGAAUAGUUCCUGGCGAACAUAGCGUGUUCGCGUUCGCCACCGAUGGCGAACAUAUGCGAUGUUCGGUCCGCCCCCUAUUAAUUUACUAAUACUAAGUAAAAAUUACUUAGUAUUAGUAAAUUGUGCCCCUACUCGCAAUACCGCGAGUAGGGGCAUGUCUAUUAAACAGUGAGCAGCCUGUGGCUGCUCACUGUUUAAAAAAAAAGGGUCCCCCCCCGGUGGGGGCCCUAAAUACUAAUAGGGGGGGACCUAUUGUCCUCUCCCCGGCCCCCACCCCUGAGCGGUGGGUGGGUGCCCUAAAAAUACCAAUAGGGGGGGACCUAUUGUCCCCCCCCGGCCCCCACCCCUGAGCGGUGGGUGGGGGCCCUAAAAUGAACAAUAAGGGGGGACCUAUUGUCCACCCCCGGCCCCCACCCCUGAGCGGUGGGUGGGGGACCUAAAAUGACAAUAAGGGGGGGACCUAUUGUCCCCCCCAACCCCCACCCCUGCACGGCGGGUGGGGGCCAUAUUGAUAAUGGGGGGGGGACCUAAUGCCCUCCCCGACCCCCACCCCUGCACGGCGGGUGGGGGCCCUAUUGAUAAUGGGGGGGGGACCUACUGCCCCCCCCAGCCCCCACCCCUGGGCGGCGGGUGGGGGCCAUAAAGAUAAUGAGAGGGGGGACCUACUGUCCUCCCCCCCGGCCUCCACCCCUGGGCGGCGGGUGGGGGCCACAAAGAUAAUGAGGGGGGGGACCUACUGUCCUCCCCCCCCCGGGCCACACCCCUGGGCUGCGGGUGGGGGCCCUAAGUAAAUUCCCCCCCCCCCAAGGUGACUAGGGGUCCCCAAGCCCCUAGUCACCCCCCCUCCCCAAAUAAAAAGUCCCUACCUACCCCACUCACCCUAAAAAAUAGUGAGGGGGGAAUAAAAUAACUAACCUGUAAAAUAAAAGUAAACUUACCAUUUAACGUCUUCUUUUUUCUCAAAUCUUCAUUUUUCAGCCCCAAAAAAGGCCAAAUAAAAAACCAUCAUAACCGUCGAAUUGAAAAUAAAAUAAAAAUCCCGAGCGCAAAAAAAAAAACAGACGAAAAAGAAAAAACCUGAACGCAAAAAAAAAUCCAUCUUCACCCAUGGAGGGCUCCGCGCAGACUGAGCUCUGCAGGGCGGGGGAAGGCUUAUAAAGCCUUGCCACGCCCUGCAAUUAGGCUAAGAACACUCUGAUUGGUGGGUUUAAGUCAAAUGAACUUUCCCACGCUGUGUAAAAUGACACAGAGCACUGUGAUUGGAUUGCUUGAAAUCCAUCCAAUCACAGUGCUCUGUGUCAUUUUACACAGCGUGGGAAAGUUCUUUGGAAUUUUCCCACGCUGUGUAAAAUGACACAGAGCACUGUGAUUGGAUGGAUUUCAAGCCAUCCAAUCACAGUGCUCUGUGUCAUUUUACACAGCGUGGGAAAGUUCUUUUGAAUUUUCCCACGCUGUGUAAAAUGACAAAGAGCACUCUGAUUGGCUUAAACCCACCAAUCAGAGUGUUCUUAGCCUAAUUGCAGGGCGUGGCAAGGCUUUAUAAGCCUUCCCCCACCCUGCAGAGCUCAGUCUACGCGGAGCCCUCCAUGGGUGAAGAUUUGAGAAAUAAGAAGACGUUGAAUGGUAAGUUUACUUUUAUUUUACAGGUUAGUUAUUUUAUUCCCCCCUCACUAUUUUUUAGGGUGAGGGGGGUAGGUAGGGACUUUUUAUUUGGGGCGGUGUGGGUGACUAGGGGCUUGGGGACCCCUAGUCAUCUUGGUGGUGGGGGGAAUUUACUUAGGGCCCCCACCCGCAGCCCAGGGGUGGGGGUCGGGGGGGGGGAGGACAGUAGGUCCCCUCCUCAUUAUCUUUUAUGGCCCCCACCCGCUGCCCAGGGGUGGGGGCCAGGGGGGGGAGGACAGUAGGUCCCCCCCCCAUUAGUCUUUAUGGCCCCCACCCGCUGCCCAGGGGUGGGGGCUGAGGGGGGAAGACAAUAGGUCCCCCCCUAAUUAUCUUUAUGGCCCCCACCCGCCGCCCAGGGGUGGGGGCCGCAGGGGAGUGGACAGUAGGUCCCCCCCCUCAUUAUCAAUAUGGCCCCCACCCGCCGCGCAGGGGUGGGGGCGGGGGGGACAAUAGGUACCCCCUUAUUGUUAUUAGGACCCCCACCCACUGCUCAGGGGUGGGGGCCGGGGGGGGGGACAAUAUGUCCCCCCCUUAUUGUUAUUAGGGCCCCCACCCACCGCUCAGUGGUGGGGGCUGGGGGGGGGGACAGUAGGUCCAUCUAUGGGGAGCUUUCAGCACCUCCAUGCAGAGCAUGGAGAUGCUGAAUGUAGAUACUGCACAUGGCGCAGCACUGAGCUACAAAGCCCCUCUAGUGGAUGUCUGAGUGACUGGUGUUCCUAGGCAGCAAUGUAAACACUGACUUUUCUCUGAAAAAGCAGCAUUUACAGUUCUCAGCCUGCAGAGACAUGCAAUAGACACCGGAACCACUAGAUUAAACUGUAGUGGCUCUAGUGACUAUAGUGUCCCUUCAGUCUCACCUGUCAAUCAACUCUUCAGCAUAGACUCCUGUGCUGAAGAACUUAGUUACAGGGAGAGCAGGAGACACAGGCACCUUAGUUCCCCUUUGUGUGUUUUAUACCCCUCUUGUGUAUCUCUUACAACCCCCUUUGUGUGUUUCGUACAACCCCCGUUUGUGUAUCUUUUACUCCCUCGCAACCUCUGUCUCUUUUUUCUCUUCUCCAGACCCUCUGUAUGUCUCUUUCCCCAGCCCCUUUUGUGUCUUUCUCCCCCAAACUCUUUUUGUUUUCCCUUAGCCCCAGUCCCUUUGUCUCUAUCUCCCCUACCCUCUGUGUGUCUCUUUCUUCCACCCCAGCACCUCUGUGUGUUUCUUUCCCUACAGUCCCUCUGCGUGUCUCAUUCUCCCCUUCCCCAGCCCCUCUGAUUGUCUCUUGUUCCCCUUUCUCAGUCCCUCCAUGUGUUUUAUUUCCCCCAAUGUGGCAGGCUUAUGCAAUGUAUGAUCAUAUACUGUAACUAAACCCCCAUUAUAUUUUUUUGCCUAGAUUAGGUGUUUUUAAUAAAACUGAAAAUUGUUCAGCAUUAAAAUGACUGUUUAGUAGAUAAGCGAGUGUGCUGGAUUUUCAUUUUUAUUAUUCCCCCCAAUGUAUCACAUUUCCCCUUCAGCCCCUCUAUGUGUCUCUCACCCCUUCCCUGAGGAUCUUCUGUUUCCUCUACUCAGUCUGACAGGAGGUGCUCUCACUAAGAGCACUUCCUGUCAGCAUGGGAAGAGGAUACAGAAGAUCCUCGACCUACUGUAUGCUCAGCCAUGCUAUAAGAAGUAAGCGGCUGUGCACCAGCCUGAAGAUAUGCUGUCCCACCAGGAAAUUUUCUGGUAUACCAGUGGGCCAGUCCGGCCCUGUGCAUAGUACAUCUGCAUGUGAAAAAAUACUAUUUAGAAUAACAAAUUAAAGGAACACUAAAGUCACAGACGUUUUUGGCCCUCUUGGUGCCCAAAGGAUAGGGGAUGUACUUGGGUGUGUGCGCUAUGGAGAGGAAUAGGGGCUGGGGUAGGGGGAUAGGGCUAUGUUGGGAGAAUAGGGGCUAUGUUGGGAGGAUAGGGCUCUGUGGGUGGGAUAGGUGCUGUAGUAGGGUGGAUAGGGGCUGUGGUGGGGGAUAGGAGCCAUUGUGGGAGGAGAUAUCUAGGUUGGAGGGUGAAGGAUAGGGGCUUUAGUGAGGGUGGGAUAGAGGCUGUGUUGGUGGGAUAGGGACUAUGGUGGUAGGGGAUAUGGGCUGUGGUGGUGAUAAGGAUGUGGUGAGUCUGACUUCCAGACAGCCACAAGAGGCGCUUUCUGGCUUUAACUCUGUGAGACAACAUUGGAUGUCCUUACAAUUUGCAUGAGGACAUCUAGAAUCUUCAAAAUCCCCAAAGGAAAGCAUUGAUUCAAUGCUUUCCUAUGGGGAAGCCUCUCGCCACGCAUGGACAUUAAGUUCCCCAUCACUGUGACAUUGGAGGAUACAGAAUCUGCGCAGAAUAACCUCGGGGCUGGGAAAAGGUAAGUAAAAAAAGGAUUCUUAGCCCUUUAAUGACCGGGUGGAGGUCAGACCAGUGGCGUACUAAGGUGGGGCGGGGGGGGGGGCAGAGGGGGCGGUCCGCCCCGGCUGCCACCAUGGUGGGGGGGUGCCAUGACCAGGAGCGCCGUCCCCCCCAUGCUGCAGCCGCCCGAGCGCUCUGCAGAGAGCCUCAGGCGGCUGCAGCUUUCCCGGGCUGGUGCGUCCAUGAGGGCGCACCGCCCGGGCGCAGACUGAGGAGAGGGGCUGUAGCGUGGCCGAGCCCUGUAUCAUGGUCCGCGGGUACAGGGAGCAUCUGUCUCCUGUACCCGUGGACCAUACAGAGCUCGGCCACGCUACAGCAGAGGUUGGGGGGAGGGGAGAAAAAUUAGGAGGGGGGGUGGAGAAAGAAAAAGAUAUUGGGAGGGGGAAAAGGAAAUUGGAGCGGGGGAGAGAUUGACAUUCAUCACACAUACACACAAUGCACCCCUUGCACACAGAAAAACACACAAUGCAUUACACACACAGACACACAUACACAAGCAAUGCAACCGUUACACACAAUGCAUCCCUUACACACACAGAAACACACAAUGCAUUCAUUAAACAUACUCAAUGCACCCCUUACACACAUUCAAUGCAUCCCGUACAUACACAGAAACACACCUUGCAGCCCUUACACAUACAAACAUAAUUUCACACAAUGCACUCCUUACACACAAAUCAGGACAUCCCCUACACACUCCACCCCCUGUGAACAAACUCAUUGGUGGAACAUGAAGGUGGACCCUGGGACCCAGACCUUGAGCUGUGUAAAGGACCCCCCAAAAAUGUAGCUGCUUCCCGUUCUCCCAGAACAUUGAUUUUUGUGACCACAGUUACAAACCGCCUCCAGAGAGCCUGUUCUACACCAGACCAGUGGAGCCAGACUGCAGCUAGAGCCCAUCAUCAUCCUCAUCUGGUUGUAAGUAGGCAAUCUAGUAUAUUAUUCGUGGCACUAAGCUCUAAUUUACCUCACAUUAAAGAAACACUAUAGUCCCCAGAACCACUUCAACUUAAUGUAGUGGUUCUGGUGUCUAUAGCCCAGGGCCGGACUGGGAAAAAAAUUAGGCCCGGGCAUUUUUCAAUCAGAGCGGCCCCCUAAGAAGGGGGCGGGGUCAGAGAGUGUGUGUUUUGUCAUCACUAACGACAAGCACACCCCCUCUCAAAGUGAGCAUGUUGGUUCAAUGCCCAGAGCCCUGCUGAAGAGCUCUGGCAUUAGAAAAAGGCCCUGAAUUUGUUCUGCGCAGCGCAAGCAAAUUUAAUAACAUGCUUGCGCUGUGUUUGCUUUUAAAUUGUCUCUGGUGUCACCACAAGUGGGAUACCAGACGACAAAAGGGCCAGGAAAGUGCAUGGUGCAUAUGUUUGGAGCCUGCUUGUGGGAUUGCGUGUGUAUAGAGUGUGGUGUGGUAAUGUGUAAAUAGGUCAAUUUCAUUUGUGUUUGUGGUGUAAUAUGUGUGGCUAGGGGCUGUAGAGAGUGUGUGUAUAGGGGGCAUAGUUUUAUAUGGGAUGCAGCGAGUGUGUGCAUACGGGCUGAAGUGUGUGUGUAUAGGUGACGUAGUGUGUGUAGGGGUUGCAGAGAGGGUGUGUUUAGAGAAUGUUGUAUGUGUUUGCGGACAAGGAAUGUAGUGUGUGUGUGUGUAGGAGAUCUACUGUGUAAAGGACCCAGUGUGUGUGUGUGUGUGUGUGUGUGUGUAGAGGAUUAAGAGUGCAUAUAGGGCAAGGGAUCUAGUGUGAAUCUGGAGCGUAAUGUGUGUAGUGGUGCAGUGUGAGGGGUGCUGUAGUGUGUGUAUGUGUGUAUGUAUAUAUAUAUAUAUAUAUAUAUAUAUUUGGACUUAUUGUAUGUGUGAGGGGCGCAGUGUGUGUAUGUAAGAGGGGUGCUGUGUGUGAGGGUGUUUUUAUCUGCUGUCACAUUCUAGGUUUCUAAUUUUCUUUGUCUGUUAACUCACUGAGGGUUAUUUUAUAUAUAUAUGUGUGUGCUGUAUAUGUGUGGGAGUGUGCUGUGUGUGGGAGUGUGCUGUGUGUGGGAGUGUGCUGUGUGUGGGAGUGUGCUGUGUGUGUGGGAGUGUGCUGUGUGUGUGGGAGUGUGCUGUGUGUGUCUGAGGGGUGCGCUGUGUGUGUCUGAGGGGUGCGCUGUGUGUGUCUGAGGGGUGCGCUGUGUGUGUCUGAGGGGUGCGUUGUGUGUGUCUGAGGGGUGCGUUGUGUGUGUCUGAGGGGUGCGUUGUGUGUGUCUGGGUUCUGUGUGUGUCUGGGUUCGCUGUGUGUGUCUGGGUGCGCUGUGUGUGUCUGGGGGGUGCUGUGUGUGUCUGGGGGGUGCUGUGUGUGUCUGGUGGUGCUGUGUGUGUGAGUGAAUGUAUUUUUUAUUUAAAUUUAAAUAUAUUUUUUUUACUAAUAAAAAAAAAAAAAAGUUAUUUCCUCCCUCCCUUCUUACCUUUAUCCUGAGGGGGGGGGAGAUCCGUUCUGCCUGGGAGGGGGGGAAGCCGUGUUGCCGUGGAGGGGGGCUGUGCUGCCAUCCUUCCCUGGUGGUCCAGUGGUGAGAGUGAACUCUAACCUGCGGGUUAGAGUUCACUCUCGCGAGAUCUGAGCGUUGCCACGGUAACCGCGGCAACGCUCAGAAUCCCGCGAGAGGACCCGGCGGAGCUGCUGGCUAGAGCUCCGCCGGUCCUCUCCUCCCUCCCUCCUUCCCUCCCCAGCCAGCGGCCGCAUCUCCAUGCCUGUGGGCUGGUGAGGGAGAUCUUUGAUCUCCCCGCCGGCCCACGGAGGCACAUAGCAGGGCCGGCGCUCGGAUAGCGCUGGCCCUGCAGGGGCCGGCCGGGGAGAUCCCGUGCCGGCCUCGGCCCCACGGCCAUCGCGGCCCACCGGGCAUUUGCCCGGUAUGCCCGAUGGCCAGUCCGGGCCUGCUAUAGCCUGUCCCUGCAGGCCUUUUAAUGUAAACACGGCGGCACUGCAGCACUGGCAUUAGUUAACAUGGCAAAUCAUAUGGGUGGGGCAUUGUGAUGUCACAAGGGGGGGGGCGGCAAACUUUACUUUUGCCUAGGGCGGCAAAAAUCCUUGCACCGGCCCUGGCUGGAGGGGGCUGUGUGAGCUGUGGCCGCACAGUGCCCCAUGGUAGUUAGGGUGCCGUGCGGCCAGUACAGCUCACACAAGCAAACAGCUGAUAAACUGGCCGCACGGAGGAAAAGUGUAUGUGUGACUGUCUGCCUGUGACUGUGUGUGACUGUCUGCCUGUAACUGAGUGUGUGACUGUCUGUCUGUAACUGAGUGUGUGCCUGUAAAUGUGUGUGUGGGGCUGCAGGGAUUUUGUAGAAGGGGGCGGGGUUUUUGUAUUGGGACAGGAGUCUUUAUAAGGGGGGAUAAGCAGGGGAUUUAUUGGAAGGGGGUUGCGGGGGUUUUGUAGACGGGGCAGUACAGGAUUUGUAGACGGGGCAGGACAGAGGUUUUGUAGGAGGGGCUGGGCAGGACAAGGGUUUUGUAGGAGGGGCUGACAGUGGUUUUGCAAAGUUUACAAAUUGUAAAAAAAAAGAAAGAAAACCUUUAACAUUUUUUACAGGUUUUUUUUUUUUUGGGUGGGGGGGGGAGGGGGUGCCAAGCACAGGAUCUGCCCCGGGUGCCAAAUGCUCUAGGUAUGCCCCUGGGUCAGACCCAUAGUUAAUUGCAACGGACACUAUAUACAGUUUUGUAUUCCUAACGUUAUAGUGUCCCUUUAAUAUAGACUUCAUUAAUUCAUGGUGUAAAAAGUUGAAUAAUGAACUCGGAAGUCACAAUUUCAAUGUGUAGCAGUAGGCUCGUCAGGAUCUAUUCCGCUUCCACUGUUUUCAAAGGUAAUUAUCUCUGAAUAGUUGAUAAUGGACAACCUCUAUGUGGAUUGGAAAAAAAAGUAAAUCAAAGUCAAUAAAAUAAAUAAAAAGUAUAAUAAAUAUAAUAAUAAGAGUGUGAUUGUCACUAAUAUGUCUAAAUAAAGUUCACUCUCAGUUAAACUACAAUGGCACAAAGAUCAGCUCUACGUUAGAAUUGAAUAAUUAAUGGCUCAUGUUAUUUUCUCUGUUGUCAGAGUUAGAUAGAGCCCUUCAAGCUGAUUACUUGCUGGUAAGCAGGGUUAAUUCGUACGUUUAAGAACUAUUGAAACGUGUUAGGCUUUGGCUCCCCCUGUGAUGCAGCUCCAUGUGCAACCCUUGUGAAUGUUCAUAGUUGCGAUGGCUCCGGAUUCUGCCUAUCUGUGUCUUUUUUUUAAUUAACCACUGGGCAAGGUAUAUUGCAGGGCCCAUAGUCCAGAGGUAAUAGGCUGGCCAGCAGGCCCCUCCAAUAAUCCUUGACGAGGUUCAGUUUGUCACAGGGCCAUAAUCACAGGGUAGGAGGCUGGCAAACAGGCAGUCACAAUCAGUAUUCUUAAUUCUAACUGCAAUUCUAAGUAAACAGACAAGAAGAAAAAGAUUUCCUUCAUUAAAAAAUAAAAUGAAUGCACCUGACACUAUUUUCUAUAGUAAAUCAACGAAAUCUGUGUUUUGGGACAUCUGCAAACUUCUGUAUUAUCUCACACAUAUGCAUAUAUAAAAAAAAAAAAAAAAAAUGAUCUGAAAAUCUAAAGGGAUUUUAUUUAUUUAUUUUUAUUUUUUUCAAAAAUCUUCAUCUAAUAUCCAUGCAAAUAUCAGUUCAAUUUAUCUACACAGUAACUUUUCAGAUUAAUUAAAAAAAUGCUCAAGGUAUAUUUACUAAAUAGUGAUUUUUAGGUGGGUAGGGGACAGUGAGUGCCCGUUUAUUGGUUCCAAACUGCCAAAUGUUUGCCCAUGUCUCCCACGAAGAAUGAAAUUUGAAAUGAAUGUACUUCGCCUGGUUGCUUUUUCUCCAACCUAUCACAAAUGCUUGGCAUGUAAUUCAAUAUUGAAACGAUUAAUGAAUACCAAUUAGUAAUCUGCUUAAUAACACAUGAGUCAGCAACAGCUACACAGAGGAUUAGAAAACAUGUUACAAGCAAAGUCAUCAAAUUAUAUUUAUAAUUAAUUUCUGUGCAUUUCAUUUUGCCUAAGUUAAUUAUUUAUAUAUAUAGUUUACCACCAAAAACUGGCUUUACCAGGGGUAGGCCUAUAUAUAUAUAUAUAUAUAUAUACACAAAUCAAAUGGAUCUAUUUCAUUGAGACUAUUUCCAUUGCCAAGAGUAUUUGCCGUGUAUUAAUUUUCUCUGGAUUUUCUCAGUUAAUCUGAUUUUUGUUUUUCUCUUCUUGGUUUGUACUUAUUACCCUUGGUCUGUUGCUCACACUGACCUAAUGUCUGGCUAUACUGACUAUUCUGUCUCCUACAUCCCUUGACUUGUGCCUGUUUACUCUUCGCUAGGGGUCUGAAACUGAUAGCAUCCAAUUAGAACAACGAGAGGCAUUGACUUAUAGAUCAAAGAAAAUAUUAAGAGCAAUAAUUUCAUAAUAAUAGGGACUUCUUUUUCUCUGUAUAUUUCCUACACCUGAAACUUCUAGACAAUGGGAGGAUCUACUGCAGUGUAGAAGUGUCAAUCCCCCCAACCUUCACCAAUGACGGCUGUAGGGAAUUGGCUUUGUCUCUGGAGGAUCUAGUGGUCUCGCGGGAUCCUCCAUAUACCUCAAUGUUGUACUCUCAAGCAUGUGACAAGGAACUGAAGUGGACCUGCCAGUAGAAGAUGGUGGUGCCCGCGAGGGUAAGUAGAACUUGUGUAGCGGGCGCUCUAUAAAUACCAAUAAUAAUAUUAACACUCCAAGCACUAAAGCCAUUACAGUGUGCUGCAGUGGUUAUGGGGCUGGUAAUGCUUUGGUGCCCUCCCGAAUGAUUGUAGUCACACUCUUUUAGAACAUUAUAACUUCAUAACUGGAGUCUGAUGGGAGCUGCUCCUUGUAGCGGAGCCCUAGUCCUAGGAGGGACUCUUCUCUGCUGGAUCCACCAAAGUACAAUGAGGAACGAGAAAAACACCAAAGAAAUAUCCCAUCUCCACGCCGGCAACUGGAUGACACAUAGUUCUGGGAGUACAACUAACUUUAUAUUGUCACACAUGGCUUUUAUGCCCAGUCCCUUACAAGAGGUAUACAAUGCAAUAAAACAGGGGUUUUAAUCCCAAGAUCCUCUGUGUCUGAGAGAUAAUUGCUUAGAAAAACCCUCUAAGUUAAUUAUCUCAGGUACAGAAAAUCCAAUAGAAUAUACCCCAAAAGUACCCCCACCGUACAUAGGAACCCCACACAAAGUACAUUCCCCAAUAGCCCAGAUCUGAGUGUAUAACAUAUCCAAGAAACACUCAGAUUGGUUCAGUGAAACUGAAAUGCCAUCGAGGUAAAAUUUUGACCGGCCAGGCACGAAGCACUAGCCCAAAACAGUUCCAGGGAAAUAGGUGCCCUAGCUGGUCUCCGUUCAUGAGGUUCCAGUGCAAACACCACACAGUGUAAUUUCUUCAUUUCAGAAUGCUCUCCCUGUUUGGUAGUUCAUAUCUCUUCGUCUAGGUGGUCUGGAAAUAAAAUGGGCAGCGGUUUUACUGGCAUUCACGCAAGUGCCUAGCUGAAAAGAGUUCCAGGCACUCGAUGACCAAGUACCGCUGCCCAUGUUCGGGAGACAAGAUGGCUACCAUUCUUUUGUCUGCCACGUGUUCGGUUAUACGAAAUUGCAACCACCCAGGGGAAGCAUUCAUUAAUUACUUUCCUUGCGGUUUCGCACUUAAGUUGUCGGUGUCAAUGUUCAAAUGGGGUACAGGGGUGGUCAUCGUUUGGGAUACAAAAGAAUUCUGUUCGUAUGAAGUUUCCUGAAUGGAAAAAGGAUGAAACAUGCAAAAUAAAAGGGGAAAGUAUAUAUAAAAGUACUUGGAGGUUUCCAUUCUGCUACACUCCCUGCGUCCACUGCAGGCUUCAAGUCUGCCAAAUGCUCUCUGCUUAAGCUAAGCCCGGUGAUGAGGGACACACAAAUAUGUCACUGGGCAAAAUGAUCUAUAAUAAUAAAUUGGUGCGCUAAGCGGGGUGGGAGCACGCUAAGAUCCACUCUACAUGUUACAGCGUCGGCGAGAGCAGCUACAAGUGGUGUAAGUCAGUGGAGAGAAGCUCUUUAAAUAAACCUGCAUGUCUUGAGUAGUUUUUAAAUUUUAAAAUUUAAAUUUUUAUCAUCAGAUGCAAGCAACAAUAAAGAAUCUUGGAUCUAAGAUGUUUUGCAGUCUGUGUGCUUCUGCAUUUGUUUUCACCGAUAACAGGGAUCUGAUCAGACGAAGUAGCGUUUGUGGCACGGUACCACUCUACAUUUGUGAGUUUGUUUUAGAGGUGGUUUGGGAGACAUACCAAGUUGUGUUAUGGUAUUACACUACUUUAUAACAGGUUUUAUGUAGAAUAAAAUAUUUAGUGCACCAAUUUAUUAUUAUUGAUUUUUGAGUUAGUAUUUUGGGUAAUGUAACACUUAUUGGUUGCAACUUUAUAUUUUGUUUCACACACUAAUAUAUUUAUUGGUAUUAGUGUCUUAAACAUUUCUGUUGUUACAAGGUGAACUCAUGCUUCACCAUGCAUGUACAACUACUUGUAAUAUAUGGCUGGUAACGUGCUAUUUAAAUCCCCUGUGCUACGAUUGCUCUUUCUGUGAAAUCAACAAUGCACAAGUCUGAUCGCACAAUCACAUCUAUAGCUCCUAAGCCCUUCUAAGCCCUUACUGUAUAAAUAAUAUUUUACUAUAUUUCCAUGAAUCAAAUUAAUUACCAAUUUUAACUCUUAUCCAUGGAUAUAGAUCUGAUCCAGAGAGGCAGUGGAGCUAACAUAAAAAAGGGGGCUAUGAAAUAUAUGGUAUAUCACCAACAAACUUAGUCUAGUUACAGGAAUUAAUGUUGAAUAAAAAUGUGCAGGUUUUAAAUAAUUUUACAUUUUCUAACUAAAAAAAUAUAUAUCUUUGAGAAAAUCAUAUGUCCACAAUGCUUACUUAAAAGAAAAAUGAUGCUUCUGAGAAUUUUAAUUCUAUGUUGACUGAAAAAAUUAAAUAAAAUUUAAUAUAGAAAUCCACAGCAUUUACCUUUAUUCUGUCAAUUAUUGUUAUAAACUCUGUUGUCUGAUAUUUAUAUAAAUAAAAAGCAUAAAGAGAGGAAAACUAAUCAAUGUUUCAUUUGCAGUAGGUUUCUUCUCCCCCAAUACAAUCUGUGCCUUGCUGUGCCAGGACUCAACUAGAUUGUAAUGUCAAUCUUUCAAAUACAUGCAUAAUAAAAUAGAGUAUCACAUAAAACUAAUUGACACAAAUUAUAUGUGAUUUUCAAUGUUUUCUUCAAAGGUAUAAUUUCCAUAUAAGUGAUGGUUGCCUUUUAAUUUGCGUUCUAUGACAGCGACUGUAGCGAAGACCAAGUAAUGGUGAAAUAUCUAGUUAAAUCUCGCUAUGUUCCUAUUUGGACUGGUGAAAGGGAGUCAUUUAAGAGCAAACAAAGUCAAUUGGCUCUGCUGGUUCUCAUUCACUCCCGAUUUCUCCACAAUUCGCCCCAGCUUGUUAUUCAUUUUGAUGGUUUGAUUUUACGAGGCUUUCUUUUACAAGUUAGUACUGAGUCACAUUUACCUGCAAUGGGAGAAGCUAUGAGCCAUGUGUACUAUUUAAGGGUAGUCUGUUGAAUUAAUGUAUGUUCGUGCUAAAAUUUUAUUAUGUAUAUAAAACAGAUUCAAGGUUUUUACCUCUCCCAUUAAUUGUUUCUUCAGGUACAAAUAAAUUAGACAGUAUGAGAAUUUCUAAAUAAAUACUUUGGAGUUAUGUGAUGUAACCCUGCACUUAAAUUGUGACAUGCUCUUGUUUUCUCUCGCCUGGACUACUGCAAUCCCCUUCUCAGUGGUCUUACGUGUUCCCAGAUUGCACGGCUGCAAUCUAUAAUGAAUGCGGCGGCGAAGCUUAUUUUCCUGUCCGCCCGCACCUCCCAUGCCUCCCCGCUCUGUCAGUCCCUGCACUGGCUUCCAGUUAGAUAUAGGGCUCAAUUUAAAAUUCUGGUGCUUGCUUACAAGUCCCUACAUAAUGCUGCUCCAACCUACCUAUCCUCCCUAAUACACAAGUAUGUCCCAUCGAGGCCCCUACGCUCUGCCAAAGACCUAUGUAUAUCCUCUGUCCGUACUCCCACCUCUAACGCUCGCCUCCAAGACUUUUCCAGGGCUGCACCUCUUUUGUGGAACUCCCUUCCCUUCCUGGUAAGAAUUUCCCCCUGUCUCCACUCAUUCAAAAAAUCAUUGAAAACUCACUUCUUCAAAAAGCAUAUCAAUUAAACUAUUAGCAUAUUUUCAUCCCCCACCCACCAUGACUCCUCUCCUGCAAUUGUCAAAAAUUACCUACUAAGCCCUCAAUUAAUGCUUUUUUAACAACAUACUUCGUACCCCUACUUUUACCAUUUGUGUCAUUAUACCUCACUCCCUCUAGAAUGUAAGCUCAUGGAGCAGGGCCCUCCACCUCUCUGUUCCUGUACGUCCAGUUGUCUGGUUACAAUUAAAUGUCUGUUAGUCCACCCAUUGUACAGCACUAUGGAAUUUGAUGGCGCUAUAUAAAUAAUAAAAUAAUAAUAAUAAUAACAUAGAUAAUGCAUUCAUAAUGUGCAAAGAAAUAAAAAAAGGAAAAGGAAAGACAUAUAUCUUUAAAAUUUCCUUUAGCUGCUUCACUUUGUCAGGAAAUGAUGGAUAGCAAGUAGACAUUCCCUGACCAGGAAGAGACGGGAUAAAACUAGAGUCUCUUACUCUGGUGUAUGUGGUUGUGGUUGAAUCUUACUCAAAAAAAUCCAAGUCCAUCGGAGAGUAAUUGGAACUCUAAUGUUAGCUUUCUUCCACUACUGGAAAGCCACAAAGUGAGACCAGAAUGUAACUGCUUCAUAAAUGUAUAGCAGCCAUACGGUGGGUGGUAUAAGGUUAUGCACAGUGUGGUUCACAGUUUUGUGAUAUAGGCUUAAAAUUGGGAAUUCUGACUCCCUGACUAACAGCUUGAGAGUGACUCUUCCUAUAACUCCUCCUAUUACUCCAUAUAACCUCUCCCUAUAACUCCUCCUAUUACUCCAUAUAACCUCUCCCUAUAACUCCUCCUAUUACUCCACAUAACCUCCCUAUAACUCCUCCUAUUACUAUAUAUAACCUCUCUAUAACUCCUUCUAUUACUCCAUAUAACCUCUCCCUAUAACUCCUUCUAUUACUCCAUAUUACCUCUCCCUAUAACUCCUCCUAUUAAUCCAUAUUACCUCUCCCUAUAACUCCUCCUAUUAAUCCAUAUAACCUCUCUCUAUACCUCCUCCUAUUACUCCAUCUAACCUCUCCCUAUAACUCCUCCUAUUGCUCCAUAUAACCUCUCUCUUUAACUCCUCCUAUUACUCCAUAUUACUUCUCCCUAUAACUCCUCCUAUUCCUCCAUAUAACCUCUCCCUAUAACUCCUCCUAUUACUCCAUAUUACUUCUCCCUAUAACUCCUCCUAUUACUCCAUAUUACUUCUCUCUAUAACUCCUCCUAUUACUUUAUAUUACUUCUCCCUAUAACUCCUCCUAUUACUCCAUAUAACCUCUCUCUUUAACUCCACCUAUUAAUCCAUAUAAACUCUCUCUAUAACUCCUCCUAUUACUCCAUGAAACCUAUCCCUAUAACUCCUCCUAUUGCUCCAUAUGACCUCUCCCUAUAACUCAUCCUAUUACUCCAUAUAACCUCUCCCUAUAACUCCUCCUAUUACUCCAUAUAACCUCUCCUUAUAACUCCUCCUAUUACUCCAUAUAACCUCUCCCUAUAACUCCUCCUAUUGCUCCAUAUAACCCCUCCUUAUAACUCCUCAUAUUACUCCAUAUAACCUCUCUCUAUAACUCCUCCUAUUACUCCAUAUAACCUCUCCCUAUAACUCCCUAUUACUCCAUAUAACUCUCUCUAUAACUCCUCCUAUUACUCCAUAUAACCUCUCCCUAUAACUCCUCCUAUUACUCCAUAUAACCUCUCCCUAUAACUCCUCCUAUUACUCCAUAUAACCACUCCCUAUAACUCCUCCUAUUACUCCAUAUAGCCUCUCCCUAUAACUCCCCCUAUUACUCCAUAUAACCUCUCUCUAUAACUCCUCCUAUUACUCCAUAUAACCUCACUAUAUAACUCCUCCUAUUACUCCAUAUAACCUCUCCCUAUAACUCCUCCUAUUACUCCACAUAACCUCCCUCUAUAACUCCUACUAUUACUCCAUAUCAAUGCUUCAUAUAACCUCUACUUAAACUCUGCCUUUUAACCCUCAUAAGUCUCAUUAAAACGUCCCCUACUACUUCAUGCAAACUCUGUCUUUAGCAUGUCCCUGUCAUGUUAUCUGCUCCUAUUACACCAUCUCAGCGUGCACUAUUCCUGUGUGAUUAUUAACGCUGGAAACAACUCCACACAUGUCGCUCCUAACCAAAGUAUCUCCUGCGUCAAUUCAAACGCUGAAUGCUUUAACAACCAGUCUUAUAAUGAUUUUGAAGCACGUCAUCAUUCUAGGGUGCUGGUUUCCAUGGCAUCAGUGUCACUAUCCAUGGACGUUCUGACGCAGGAACUUGACACCGGCCAAAAAGGAUCUUCCUAAUACUAUUUAAACUAACCUGUGUUUCUGUGCUUAAAAGUGUGUUUAUAUUUAUCUAUGUUCGUCCUUGGUAUUGACCUUUGGCCUGUUUUGACUAUUAUGCUUUCGGUAGAGCUUUCUGGGUCCUUAUUUGCUUAUUACCUUUCCUCAUUUUCCUUAGUAAUUCUGCAAUCAUCCCGACCAUCCUAUGGACUGGUGAUAUGCUCUGUCCUCUGUUAUCAUCUGUCUCAGGUUAGUGUAUUUGGUGAUACCUGACUGUCAUGGUCCAAUAACUCAAUUUACUAAUCUAGUAUAACACCAUAUAAACCACAAUACAAUAUAGUGUGUGAAAAUAUACUUGGCAGUGCCCUAAUGUGUGUAAUAUUUAUCAUAAUUUUGCCUGAGGAUCUACAAGAUUACUUUUAGUUUAUAGACAAUUAAUCGUGCAUAUAUUGGAUGUCAAACACUACAUUUUAUUGCUGAACAUAAGAUAACACCCAGAUGCUACAUACAUACAAUGAGUGUCCAUUAUCAUAAAAAAAAAAAAAAAAGUGUUAAAACAUUGCUGGCACAAGCAGAAAAACUCCAAUUAAGUGGUGACACCCAAAGUAUCACCGAUAUAAAAGGAAUCAGUGAGCCAGUACAUCUGUGGUCCUGUGUAAGAUCUAGCUUGAGAGUUCUCUGCCUACAACAUACAGCCUUUUACUGCUUCUCAAUAUGAGUUUACGACACGGAUCUGGAUCAGUCAAGGGGAAGGGAUCCCUUGGGUGUGUUAGCUCAUCUUCAAGUAUUAGGGUGUCUUCUGGAAAGCACAGCUCUGGUGGAGUGUAUGGUGGUGGAGCAUCAUGUGGUAACUAUGCUGGAAGCAUGACACGUGGUCAUGUUGGAAGUGUGGGUGCUGGUAUUGGUGGAGAAUAUUGCAUUGGAGGUGGGUCUGGCUUUGGUGGUGGUGCAUGUUAUGCUGGUGGAGCUGGCCUUGGUGGCGGUGCUUGCUCUGGUGGUUACUUUGGCCAUGGAGGAGGCUUUGGGUUUGGAGAUGACCAUGGAUUGCUCUCAGGCAAUGAGAAGGUAACAAUGCAGAAUCUCAAUGAUCGUUUGGCAUCAUACCUAAACAAAGUACGUGAAUUGGAGGAACAGAAUGCUGAACUGGAGAAAAGGAUCAGACAUUGGUAUGAGACACAUGGCCCCAAGCCAGCCCAAGAUUACAGUCACUACUACAGAACAAUUGAGGAUUUACAGAAAAAGGUGAGAUAGCAACUCGGAGUAUAUGCACCUGUAAAUGCUUUAUUUUGCAAAAACAACUUUUGAUAGUAUUUUUUACAAAGUAUUCCAAGCCACACAAAAAAUAAUCUUUACAUCAAAAAGACCAAGUCCCACUAUAUCGUCCAUGUAAAGUACCUCCAAAACACAGAUUUUACAGCAUAUUCUAAUCCUAAUCAUUUUUUCUUGUUCAGCUAGAUUAACAGUAUAGAAAAAUAUUGGUGGUCAAGCGAUACAGACGCACUGUCGUAUUCUCAUUAACUAAAUUAAUGUAACUGUCUCUGUGAGAUUUUGUCUGUAGGAUAUUCGAGCCAGAAGAUCAGAAUUUCCAUGAAUUAAUUUUGAUUGAACAAAAUGAGGCAAAAUAGCCAAGUUGAGGGUAUAGUUGAAUUGGAGAAUUUUUCUAAAUCAGCUUUUCUAACUCAAUUUUUACAUUCGUAUAUAAUAUGUGAAAAUUGCGAGUUUGGUGAAUAAUUCUAACUGUGUAGGUAUUUUCUAUCUCACCAUCCUAUGACUUAGCAGUCAUUUUUAAAGCAGUCUAAAAAUCAAAGUCGCACUUUUGACUGCUACAACUUAGGUUUUCCCAAAAAGCAUAGAGUGUAAUGGAGAUUCUAUGCUCAGGGACAUAAAUAUAAGACUGGAUUAUAAAUCUCAAAAACAUUAGGCCUCAUAUCGUCUAUCUCUGUCUUAGAGUCUUAAUGCAUACUAAAUACUGUAACAGGUGAUUAGAUAAAUCCCAAAUGGAGGCCUGUAUUUUCUUAAAGGUACAGUGCUAUUAAAACUUUAUUUGCUCUAAUGAAUCUUGCAUCUAAUAUAGAUUCAAAUAGAAUUAAAAGAAUAUCGGUGCUGUGUUCUCUGUAUCUAAAUUCUCUAUACCCCGCCCUAGUUUUCCAGUCGCAUUUUUACAUUAUACAGUUGCCAGUUUUACACUCGGUAAAUAAACUUAACAAUCUUACUUUAUGUCAUUUUUGGAAACACCUUAAUAUUACAUUUCAUUCUGAGGCUUGAAGUAAGAGACGAUGUGCGAGAGAUGGCAGUAUCGUUCUACUUUUCAGUCUGAUUCACGACUAAUCUUUCCUAAUCUUUAAAAAAAAAAAAAAGUACACAGCUCCAGCCACCAACAAUACUUGUUCAUUUUUUUUCCUUUCUCUUUGUUAUUAUACUACAAAUAUUUAAAGACACAGACAUGACUAAAAGUGAAAUUUUCAUUAUAAUAUACAUUUCCCCAAAGGAGAAUCUUUAUAACACUACUGAUACACAAACAUAAUGAUUUGGUCUAACAGAAGGCCAUCAAUUCUAGAGAAUUCUAAUUUCUUCACAGUAACUUGGGAUUUACAGAAAGAGUCACAGACACAUGGAACAGUCUACCAGCAGUUAUGGUAGAAACCAACUAUUAAAAACUAAAAUAUUCAAAGAGUUUAAGAAAACUUUGGAAUGUUACAAUGGCCUUUGCAUAAAAUCAAGAUUAAGACGUGCUUUUGCUUUGAAAAUGGGUAUAGUAUAUAAGCCUAUCUUUUAUUUCUAUAUUUGUUUCAAUAAAUAAGGAGCUUUUAAAAAAUUUUUUUUCAAUCCAUGAAUAUAGUCUCUCUCCUUCUCUGUGGUCAGACUUGUAUUGACCAUAUGGAGUCUCUGAAUAAUACCUUGUUUUAUUAUAUUGCUAAUUGUUUAAAUAGUUCAUUUGAAAUAAAAUAGUCUGAUAGAGCUAACAUCCUAUUGCCCAGAAAAAAAAAUUAACUAAUAUUUCUCUCUUCUUUAUUUUCAGAUCGCUGACGCCUCUCGGGACAAUGCCUGCAUUGUCUUGCAGAUUGACAAUGCCAGGCUGGCGGCAGAUGAUUUCAAAAUCAAGUGAGUGCUGGUAACCUGAGCUAUUGAUAGAAUGUUUAUUUCAGUAUCAAUACAUCGAGAACAAACACAUCAAGGGGGUCAGAAAUGCCAAACACAAUGUUAUUAUAAGACGUUUUCAUUAGAUCCAUAAUUUUUUUGGGGUAAUUUAAAGGGGAAUUUGUCAUUAUUGUUUAUUAUUUCGUUAAUUAAAAAUCCCAAGUAUUAUAAUGUGUUUGUUUAUUAUUUUUUACUGAAUACAUAUAAGUAAAUAGCUCAUGAAAGUGCAUCUACUGGCUUAUCCUUACUCCAUGGUGGCAGCCAUAUCUAAGUGCUUUUUGGUCCCAAGCACAGCCUAUACAGGCUAAAAUACACAACCGGCAACCAAGAGUCAAUAUGUGCUCUUGAAUUCGAACAGCAUGAAAGCAGGGCACUUAGCAAGUGCAAUCUGGGAUGGUUUCAAAACUUAAAUGAUGCAUGGUCUUAGUAGAAAAUUGGGCUUCCUUGCAAAGAGGAGUAAAAAAUGGUUGCCCCCCAAAGAGCAACUGUAAUUAUUGAUAAUUAUUAAAAGUUAAUAGUUAUUCAUAAACAUAGUAACAUAACAUAAAUGAAUGCAAAACGUCAAGGAGAAUUCCAGAUAUAAUUAUCUUAGCAAAUGCAACACUUCUUAUAGUGAUGGUAAACCCAAGUAGACCAAACGUUAGUGAACUACGUUCCUCUUGAUGCUUUGCAUGUCUAUAGAAUGGCAGGGCAUCUUGGGAAAUGCAGUGUACAGAUAUAUGUGAUGCCUUGAUUAGCCACUGCUAUAGGACCUAGUGUGACCAAAACAUUGUACUUAGUGAAUAAAAAAGCACAUUCCAAAAGAUAUAAGUACCUUCUUCAAGAACAUGAUAAAAAAAAAUACCCAAUGGAACGAAGAACUGUGAGUUCCGUUCUUAGUAGAACUAUAUAUAUAUAUAUAUAUACACACACAAAAGAGUUGUGGUGGUGAAAAAAGUGUGGAUAAAAACCCCUUCCACCUGAAGUAAGUGGAUAGUUAAUACAUUGCUAAACACAAAUACACAGAAAUCUCACUUUAACAGUGCUCUUACUACUGCAAGGGAUUCUGGGUAGGUGUAUGCAAAUGAGCUCAACAAAGAACCACAUUUAUUAUUAUUUUGAGGCAAAAAUGUGGUUCUUUGUUCUUUGUUGAGCUCAUUUGCAUACGCCUACCCAGAAUCCCUUGCAGUAGUGAGAGAACUGUUAAUGUGAGAUUUCUGUGGGGAAAGCAAGUCUUAUGGCUUGACUGGUGUGUGUAUUUGUGUUUAGCAAUGUAUUAAAACUAUUAUAUAAAUCCAAACUUUUGCACUCCAAUCUCCAGUCAGAAAAAUAAACCUGGUGCCAAAUAACACUGCAAAUACCUUAUUUAGAAAAUACAGUCACUCCUGGCUUAAUAAUUAAUGUUGUUCUUUUAUUGUCAGAAACAUCAACGUUUCAGUUCCUCAACUGAACUUUCAUCAGGACUUUCAUCAUAUAUAUAUGUAGAUGAUCAAUGGGUUCUAACGUUUCUUAUGUUGCAUAGGUAUGAAACUGAGCUCCACCUCCGCCAGUCAGUAGAAGGUGAUAUCAACAGCCUAAGAAGAGUGAUGGACGAUCUGAACCUCAGGAGAAGUGACCUGGAGAUGCAGCUGGAUUGCUUGAGGGAGGAAUUAGCUGCUCUAAAGAAAAACCAUGAAGAGGUAAGAGCACUGCUGAAACAAACCAUCUAAAGACUUUAAUAAAUUAUGAGGUGUGGUAAGAUGACCAAGUAAUUGAACAAUUUAACCCAAAAUAUAUGAGCUGCAAAAAUGUCCCAACUUUUUUUUUGCUUGUAUUUUACAAUAAGGAUGUCGAAUCAGUAUUUUUCAUAACUCGUUGUUUAAUAAAAACCUCUCCUGUAAUGGUUUACAUAAACUUUCCAUUGUAGAGCUGCUGUGUCCCUGUCGUACUAUAGUUAUUUAAAGUGAAAGAACCGUGGAAAUAUAAAUGUGGCACUUCAGUUUACCACUAGGAGGUGCUGUGUGACUCAUAUAAACGUAAAUUAACAGCGCCACCUAAUGGAAGGAUUGCAUAGUCAUGUUUAUAUAAUAUUAACAUAUAAAUUGUUCUCAAUGUGCAGGAGAUGAAGGUGCUGAGAGGACAGAUGGCUGGUACAGUCAAUGUAGAUAUGAAUGCAGCACCUAGCAUUGACUUGCAGAAAGUUCUGGAUGAAAUGAGACAUGAAUAUGAGCAACUUGUAACCAAGAACCAAAGGGAGAUUGAAAAGAGAUUCCAGGAACAGGUGAGAUGGUAAACCUAAAUGUUGAGAACAAAAAUGUAUUAAAAUAUCUUCAUCUGAGGAUGUAUACUUUGAAAUGUAUGUAAGCCUUGAUAGGCAUGAGGAUAGUGUGUUAUUGUGUUUUUUCUUUUUCAGACAGAAGAGGUGACCAAGCAGAUGUCCUCUAGCAGUCAGGAGUUCAAGACUGUCCAGACAGAAAUUAUUGAGUUAAGGCGUACCAUUCAGACCUUAGAGAUCGACCUGCAGUCUCAGUUGAGCAUGGUACAUAUGAUUUCUUCUUCUUUUCCAUAUUGUUUUCAUUUCAUUUGUGAACCUUAAUUCAACCUAUUUGAAUAAUUAAAAUGUUUCACUAAUACUAUAGAACAGUGCUGCUCAUGCUAUCUCUGAAGGACCAUCUUUGAUCCAGUUUUUAUCAACACCCCCAUUGGCACAGAAUUGGGUUAUCUUUAAGUUGAGAAGCGUGGCCACUCAGUAGAACAGUUUCAUUCAUUGUUAUAUGAUCCCCAUGGUGUGACUUUUAAUUCCAGAAAGCUGCUCUAGAAGGAAGUCUAGCAGAGACAGAGGCACGGUAUUGUAUGCAGCUCUCUCAGCUGCAGGCCUUGAUCCAGAAAGUUGAAGCUGAGCUGUCAGAGAUCCGUUGUGAAAUGGAAAACCAGAGCCAGGAAUAUAAGACACUUCUUGAUAUAAAAUCACGCCUGGAGCAGGAGAUCUGCACUUACCGCACUCUACUGGACGGCUCGGGAACCCAGUAAGUCAACAAUAUCUGAACCCCUUACUUGUCUUGAAAUAGAUGAGACUGCUAGAUGAGACUGCUUUGAUAAUUCUCAAUAUAUCUUUUUAAUUGUGCAGUUGUCUAAUUUAUUCAUCCAACCCACAUAGUUUAUUUGAUUUUAUAUCCUUCUGUGGAUGUUUGAAUUUCAAUUCUUUUUUAUAUCUGCAUUGUAAUUUGUCUCUCUGUCCAGUAAGUAGUGUUCCAUUUAUCAAUACUGGGGACUUUUUCAUAUUCUUUUAUUGACAUCUCUAGUCAGUGCAGAUAAUUCUUAUAACGUUCUCAGAUGCGUCCAUAAAUUCUGUUGUAAUUUACAGGGUUUUACAAGUUUUUACAAUUUCCAAAAGUUUUAAAAAAUAAUAUUGAACUUUAAAAUAUUAAAUUAACCCAAUUGACAUUAUUCAGUUUCUUGAAAUGUACAAAUCUAUAAUAUAUAAGGGAAACAGCUACACCUUCUGAAAUGAGAAUAAGAAAUUAUUCACACUGACUUGCUGACUGUGACUCACAUUAGCACAUGGAUUUAAGACAAAUUAUCCUUCUUUUUACUGCAGAAUAUCAAGUGGGUCCUGUGAUCAAUCGUACUCGUCCAAUUUAUCAUCAGGAUCUCAGACUGACAAGCAAGGUGGUAAGUAAUAGUCCGCUGUAAUAAUAUUUGGGUGUUCAGUAACUUUGUAACUUUGAUGUAGGAGGGAAUCGAGCCAAAGUAAACUACCACCUAUUUGUAUGUUCUGCUUUUAUAUGGAUGCUGGGAUACUUACUCAUCAUUAAAAUAAUAGGAGGAAAUAUGUUUUGAAAGGCUCUGUCCCAUGUCUUCUGCCCUGUUCCCUACCUCUCUGAUAUUGCUAUUUUUUUGUCUUUUUAUUCUCCAUACACUGACAGCGGUACACACAAAAACUAGCACCGAUAUACACCAUAAUCAAUGUUCAUCCACCAGUCACACUAUGGCACCUAUCCCUUACACCAAUGGUGCCAAAAAGGUUGAUCCACUGAUGUUGUAGAACUACAACUACAACUACCAUGAUGCUUUGAAUGCCUUAAGAAUGGCAAAGCAUCAUGGAAGAUGUAGUUUUCAAAACAUGUGGGGAUCUAUCUUUUGGGCACCCCUGUCCUACGCACACUUGGACAGAUACACAAACUAUCACCAACAUGUCCGAACAAGUGGUGGGCCAUGGUAAUUUAUUAUAUGAAAAUAUACAGUAAGACAAUGUGGCCUAGAACUGGUGGUUGUCACUGCUGGGAAUCCUUUACAGCAGCGCUCUCCAAUCCAGUCCUCGUGGACCACAAACAGUCCAGGAUUUAUGUAUCUACCUGUUUUAAUCCAAUGGAGAUACUGACAAAACCUGAACUGGUUGUGGUCCAUGAGGACUGGGUUGCAGACCACUGCUUUAACAGGAUAUGGCUGACAGUGGCUCAUCAAAAUAAUAAAUACUGGGCUAUAAGAAAUGUCAGGGCUAACAAAAGUUACUAAAAUUUGUCUAUCAUAUACAACAAGCCAUGGUAUGUUUCCAUUGCCUAAGCUAACAAUGGAGUAUAUUUGAAUAAUGGCUAACAAAAUGGCUCACUGUUUAAAGAGGGUAUGGAAGGAACUAAUCUGCCAGUAGCCAAUCAGGCUUUAGUUUAUGAUAUUGUCACCAAUGAGCAUUCUAUUUGUAGCAGCAAGCACAGUUAGCAUAAGCUUACUAUUUUAUAGCACAUAUAUAUAUAUAGAAAACAAGUAAAGUGGCACAAUAACAACAAGGAGCUGCUUGUGUCAUUUUCUUCCUCUUCUCAAUAUUUGUUUUUUUUUCUGACAUGUCCUCUUGCAGCUGUCAUGGGGAAAAAAAAAUGGAUUUUGAAAGACACGUUAUAAAUGGGAAAAGAAAAAAACCUGUCUCUCAAAAUUGUGUCUUUCUCAAAUACCUUACGGAUAAUUAUAGUAGAAAAAUGAAAUAUCUGUCAGCAUUGGGAGGGGCAGUGAUCGCAGAGACAAACUGUUGUUAUUUUUUUUUCUCGUUUCCCUGAUUAAUUUGCUAAGCUUUAAUGAAAAAAAAAUAAUUUGAUGAAUACUCGGACAGGUCUGAAUUAUUGUGCUUUGCCAUGCUUUAAUACUAGUGCAUGGGUCCUCAAACUCCGGCCCCCCAGAUGUUGCUGAACUACAACUCCCAUGAUUCUUUGAAUUACAUAGAUGGCCAGAGAGUCAUGGGAGUUGUAGUUCAGCAACAUCUGGGGGGCCGGAGUUUUAGGACCCCUGUACUAGUGUAUCUAUCUAUCUGUCUGUCUGUCUGUCUGUCUGUCUAUCUAUCUAUCUGUCUGUCUGUCUGUCUGUCUGUCUAUCUAUCCAUUUAUCUCUAUCUACCUAUCUGUCUGUUUUUUUUGUCUUAUAAUAAAUAUUUUUUUUGUAUUUUUGGUUUGUCAAUAGGUGGAGCUUAUUAUGUCAAAACCCAAGUUCAAGACAAUGAUGGGCGAGUGGUCUCUUCCCGCGACCACCAAUAUCAUUCUACUCACAGAAAGUGA